AUCCGAUCACCGACAGGUGGUUCUAUUUAUUUAUUUAUCGCUGUUGUUAUUUUAUUGUUAUUUCUUUCUUUUUUUUUUUUUACUAUUAUUAUUAUUAUUAUUAUUAUUAUUACCAUCAUCAUCUCGUAAUCGUGGACCGGCCAGUGAAACAAGCCAACAUUGGACAUUCACGGAUACUACACGGAAGGAUCGUGGCUGAAGGAGGCUGCUGUCAGCCAUGGGGACGGCCAAGAUGAAACAUCUUUGGCCGUUUGUGGCGUGGGCACUUCUUCUGUUCCUGUGUCCGGUCGAAUCUCUGAGAGGAGUCGGCCACGGACUAAGAAGAGAGGUGUUCUUCCUGAACCUGGAGGACGGUUACUUCGGGUGCCAGGUGAACGAGUCGACGGAAGUGCUGCAGCUCCUCGAACUGUCCAAACUGUGCGACAACCACGUCGACUGUUACCAAGGCACGGACGAGCAACGCGACAGGUUGAAGUGUACAGACGAUUGCACGAAGGAGGAUGGGACCAGGUGUCUGAACGGCGUCUGCCUUGGCUCCGUGUGCCACUGUAACGACGGUUUCGGUGGUUGCAAUUGUCAGGUACCAGACGAGAACGAGUGCAAAUACCGGCCCUGUGAUAUAUUCGCGCAUUGCACCAACACUCUUGGUAGCUUCCAAUGUUCCUGUUUCCCCGGCUACCAAGGCGACGGUUUCCAUUGCGAAGACAUCAACGAGUGCGAUAACCCGGUAUUCGCCGCGAGAUGCGUCGAGAACGCCGAGUGUUGCAACCUUCCAUCCAACUUCCUGUGCAAAUGCAAACCGGGCUACAUCGGCGACGGCGAGGUCCACUGCGAGGACGUGAACGAGUGCCUCAUACCCGGCGCUUGCGGCGACAAUACCAUGUGCAACAAUAUCCCGGGGAAUUACACUUGCGCCUGUCAACCUGGUUUUACGGGAGACCCUUACGAAUCUUGUAUCGAUAUCAACGAGUGCAAUUACGUGGAUGCCUGCGGACGGGGCGCGCUGUGCAUCAACUUGGCGGGUGGGCACAAAUGCGAGUGUCCCGAGGGUUAUAACGGCAACCCAGAGGAGGAAUGCGUGGACAUCGACGAAUGCCUGCGCGCUCCUUGCGGCCGUUCGGCCCAGUGCACAAACCUGGAUGGCAGUUUCCGCUGCGCUUGCCCGGAAGGGAUGAGCGGCGAUCCUUGGAUAGGCUGUCACGAUAUAAACGAAUGCGAGGAGGGCGCACCAUGCGGCACGGAUGCGGUGUGCGUGAACACGGAGGGUAGUUUCGAGUGCAGGUGUGAGGCAGGCUAUCGGAUGGACCCGACGCACGGUUGCAUCGACGUGAACGAGUGUAGUCGAGCGGAUGCAUGCGCGGAGAACGCGAGAUGCAUCAACGUGCCCGGAUCGUACAAGUGUAUCUGCCCCCAGGGUUUCAUCGGUCAAGGACUAACACUGUGCGAAAACGUGAACGAAUGUGAGACAAACCCUUGCGGCGAGAACGCUGAAUGCAGCGACACGAUUGGCAGCUUCGUAUGCAGUUGCAAGACGGACUACACUGGGGAUCCUUUUAAGGGAUGCAGCGACAUCGACGAGUGCACAGCGUUGGAGAGCCCCUGCGGGAGAAACGCGAUUUGCAAAAACAAGGAUCCUGGUUACAAUUGCGUCUGCCCACCGGGAUACAGUGCCAAUCCCGAUCCGACGGUCGCUUGCGAACAGACCGACGUGACCACGCUCUGCAAAUCGAACUUCGAUUGCGUGAACAACGCCGAGUGCAUCGAGGGGCGAUGCUUCUGCAAGAACGGAUUCAAAGCGGUUGGAGCCGAGUGCGUGGACGUGGACGAGUGUCUUUCGAACCCCUGUGGGCCCGCAUCGAUCUGCGGCAACACGAGGGGCAGUUAUCACUGCGAAUGCGAAUCUGGCUUCGUUGGAACACCGCCCCAUAUACCGUGUAAAGCACCGUGCGACGAAGUAACCUGCGGAGAUCACGCGUAUUGCAAAGCGGACGGCCACGAAGCUUACUGCAUCUGCGAAGACGGAUGGACCUUCAAUCCGAACGACAUCGCGGCUGGAUGCGUUGAUAUAAACGAGUGCGACGCGAUAAACGGCCCUUCGGGACGUUGUGGCAAAAACGCAAUCUGCACCAACACUUUGGGCGGGUUCAGUUGCCAGUGCAGGCCAGGAUUCUCGGGAAACGCUUUCAAACAAUGCAUGGAUGUAGACGAAUGCACGAGGGCAGAUACCUGCGGCCAUGGGGCCACGUGCACCAAUACCGAGGGUUCGUACUCGUGCACCUGUCCGGAGGGAACCAUUCCGGACCCUGACCCUUACGUCAAGUGCGUCGGCAUAGUGACGUGCGAGGUUGACGGCGACUGCCCUGGAAAUGCCAUUUGCGAUCCCCAAAAGCGUUGUCUGUGCCCCGAGCCCAACGUUGGGAACGACUGCAGACAUCCGUGCGAAGAUUUGUCCUGCGGGCCGAAUGCCCACUGCAUGCUGUCCAACGACGUGGCCACGUGCCUCUGCCGAAGUGGUUACACGGGGAAGCCUGGGGUGAAGGGCGGUUGCAGGGACAUAGACGAGUGCGCGAUUAAUCCUUGCCCCCAAGGCGCGAUCUGCAACAACGAGCCAGGAUCGUUCUCUUGCCAGUGCCCCAGCGGUACGACGGGUGAUCCGUACAGCGGCGGUUGCCAGGAAUCGAAGGCGCCCCACGUUUGCGGGCCGAGCACCCCCUGCCCUGCCGGGGAGCAGUGCAUCAAGGACGAAUUCAUUGGAAGCAGCGUUUGCAUAUGCCAGAGAGGGUACACCAGGGAUCACGAGAGCGGAAAGUGUAGAGAUAUUAACGAGUGCAUGGAGCUGAGGGACAAGCCUGCUUGCGGCGUUAACGCCAUUUGUAAAAAUUUACCUGGAAGUUACGAGUGCCAGUGCCCACCUGGAUUCAAUGGAAACCCAUUCUCGCUUUGCGAAGAAUGCAACAGCAUCGAGUGCCAAUGCCAGCCCCCGUACAAGAUCGUGAAUGGGAAAUGCAUGCUGGCCGGUUGUUCCAAGGGUGAGAAGUGUCCGAGCGGCGCUGAAUGUAUCACCAUCGCUGGUGGUGUCAGCUACUGCGCUUGCCCCAAAGGGUACACGACAAAGAGCGACGGUUCUUGCGAAGAUAUAAACGAGUGUAUCGUCGGGCAUCAAGUGUGCGGGUACGGGGCAGAGUGCGUGAACCUUGCAGGAUCGCAUCAGUGCGUCUGCCCGCACGGUUACGGCGGUGAUCCGUACAACGGUCUUUGCUCCCCAGCUCAGAAGAGGUGCACGAGCGACAACGAGUGCAAAGCCAACGAGAAAUGCGUCCAGCCUGGUGAAUGCGUCUGUCCGCCGCCGUUUUACACCGAUCCCCUCGAUGCAAACCUUUGCAAAAAUCCUUGCGACAGGUUUCCAUGCGGUAUAAACGCCAAGUGCACGCCGAGCGAUCCCCCGAGGUGCAUGUGCGAGGCCGGUUACGAGGGGGAUCCCCAACACGGUUGCGUGGACGUGAACGAGUGCGCGAACAAUCCUUGCGGGCACGGCGCCUACUGCAUCAACACGAAAGGCGACCACAUCUGCGAAUGUCCGAGGGGGACGGUGGGCGAUCCUUACGGGGGCGGUUGUACCGGAGCCGUGGCCAAGAACGAGUGCGCCUCGAACGACGACUGCGACAAUCUGUUCGCCUGCGUGAACGGCAGAUGCGUGAACCCUUGCGACAACAUACCUUGCGGGCCGAACGCUUACUGCGAGCCGGACAAGCACGCGGCGUGGUGCCGAUGCGUGAUCGGAUUCGUGGAGGGGAAGAACAACGAAUGCGUUUCACAAUGCGAUGGGUUCGUGUGCGGUUCCGGGGCCCAGUGCAUCGUGAGUUACAGCGGGCCAACGUGCAAGUGCAUCGAAGGUUUCAUGGGGAAUCCGUUCCCUGGCGGCCAAUGCCAACCGGAUAUCUGUUCCCCGGAAGUCCCUUGCGCGGAGCCAAGCGUGUGCAUAAGCGGGAGGUGCAAGCGCCGAUGCGAGGGCGUGGUGUGCGGCGUGGGCGCCUCUUGCGACCCAGCUACCAACAAAUGCGUGUGCAAUCCGUACUUCAUUGGGAAUCCGGAUCUCCUUUGCAUGCCCCCGAUUCAACCACCCGCCUGCGAUCCCGCGUGCGGCUCGAACGCCCAUUGCGAGUACACGUUGCAAGAAUCGAAGUGCGUGUGCAAUCCUGGCACAAGUGGGAACCCGUAUCACGGUUGCGGAGCGCAACAAAAGUCCGACUGUUCCACCGCGGUGUGCGGAAAGGACGCCCAUUGCAACGCCGGGCCGAACGCCGUCGAGUGCCUGUGCCCGCCCGGAUACGCUGGAAAUCCUUACAUUCGGUGCCACGACAUCAACGAGUGCAAUGGGAACGCUUGCGGGGGCAACGCGGUGUGCAUCAACACGAUCGGUAGCUACGACUGUCGCUGCAAAGAAAACUUCUUCGGCAAUCCUUUCGUCGGUUGCCAGCAGGUGCAAGUGGGCCCCUGCGCCGACCCCUCGACCUGCGCCUGCACCGACUCGAUCCCCUGCCCGCUCGACUACAGCUGCGUGGCCGGCAAGUGCGUGAAUCGUUGCAGCGACGUGAAAUGUGGCCCCAGAUCGGUGUGCCAGGAGGGGGCCUGCGUGUGCCCGCCCGGCUACACGGGCAACCCGAACGACCUCACCAAGGGUUGCCGUCUUCACGGCCACUGCUCCAACGACCUCGACUGCGAGCCCCAACAGAUCUGCUUCCAAGUGGGGAAAGGGGUGAGAAAGUGCGUGGACGCGUGCAGCAAGUUGCAGUGCGGCCCGAACGCGUUGUGCGUCACCCAGAACCACGCGUCCUCGUGUUUGUGCGUGGACGGAUACGCGGGAAAUCCGAGCAACCUGGUGGAGGGUUGCCAGCCGUUGAAGUCGGUGAUAACGCCGGGCUGCCGCGACGAUACCGACUGCGCGAGGGGCUCGUUCUGCGUCCCCCUCGAGGACGCCAGUGGCCGCGAGUGCGUCGAUCCGUGCAGCAAAGUGGUGUGCGGCGCUCACCAGAAGUGCGAGCCGGACGCGAUCCCAGGCCGCGCCACGUGCAAGUGUCAGGACGGUUACGAGUGGAACCCCGUAUCGUCGUCCUGCGAGAAGCCGUCGGUCCCCGAUUGCAUAUCGGACGACGAUUGCCACGGGGCGGAAGCGUGCAGGCCCGACCCUCUCGGCGUGUUGAAGUGCGCCUCGGUGUGCCCGAGCUUCACGUGCGCCCCCAACUCCCGAUGCGUGGCGGAGAGGCACCGCGGCCGGUGCGAGUGCCUGCCCGGUUUCGCCGGCAACCCGAACGAUCGCCACGGUUGCCAGACGCGUAGGAGGGAUCGGUGCUCGACGGACGCCGAGUGUCCCGAGGACCACACGUGCAGGGGCGGAAAGGAGGGGCUUCUCGCGUGCCAACCGGUGUGCGACUUCGUCUCGUGCGGGCCCAACGCCCUGUGCGUGGUUCACAAUCACGUGGCCAACUGCGAAUGCCCCCCAGGCCUGUACGCGGGCGAUCCCAACGACGCGGUCCACGGUUGCAAACCGGUCCCCUGCGUAUACAACGUCGACUGCCCGCCCGCGCAGCUUUGCAACAGGUUGACCCACUCGUGUUACGACGCCUGCGACGGGGACGCUUGCGGGGCGAACGCGGUUUGCAUAGCGGACGAUCACAGAGCGAUAUGCCAGUGCCCGCCCGGCUUGAAACCGAAUCCGGUCGCCGAAGUGGAGUGCGUCGCGAUCGAGGCCUGCCAUCCGAAUCCCUGCCACGAGACGGCCGUCUGCGUCCCCGGCCCGUCCAACAACCCCGUGUGCCAGUGCCCGUCCAACUUCGUCGGGGACCCUUACGCGAAGGGCUGCCAACCGGAGGGCUACUGCGCCACGGCCAAGGACUGCCCGGUGCACUCCAUCUGCCACAACCAUCGAUGCGCCAACCCGUGCGAGAACGCCUGCGGGCCCAACUCCGUUUGCGACGUUGUGAACGGCCAACCGAGCUGCGAGUGCAUCCAUAAAUUCGUCCCUUCGUCGAAGGGGCCGCAGGAUGGCUGCGUCCGCGCCGCUAAUUAUUGCAACGUCGAUGCCGACUGCGAGGAGAGCGUAUGCCUCGAGGGGCAGUGUAUAGCUGUGUGCAGAACGGCCGCCGAUUGUUCGGCGGGUGAAAAGUGCGCGAGCAACAAGUGCGUGGUUCCGUGCGUCACCCAUUCGCAGUGCCAGACCGAUCAGACGUGCGUCAACGGAGCGUGCAUUUUGGGAUGUCGAAGCAACAAGAAUUGCCCGCCCGCGGAGUCUUGCAUCAACAACAAGUGUCAAGAUCCGUGCAAAAGGAAGGAUGUUUGCGGUCCAAACGCGAUCUGCAGCAUCACCGAUCACGCGACCUCCUGCACCUGUCCCCUUGGCUUCCACGGGAAUCCCACGCCCCAACAGGGCUGCGUCAGAGUGCCGAACAUAUGCGAGGGUCCCCAGGAUUGUCCCAGUCAGCACGUGUGCGUGUCCGGAUUCUGCCAAUGCCAAUGCACCGAGCCCAACAACUGUGCCGAGGGUGAACGUUGCAAGAACGGAAUAUGCGUGAAGCUGUGCUACAGCGACAGCAACUGCCUCCCAGGGGAACUGUGCAUCGAUGGCGUGUGCGAGGUGGGCUGCACUUCCGACGUAGGUUGCAACGACAACGAGGUGUGCAUCAACAACAAGUGCAAAUGCGGCCACGGGUUUAUAGCUGGGCCGGAACACUGUUUGGACAUCAACGAAUGCGACGAUCAUCCCUGCCACUCGAGCGCGGAUUGCGUGAAUCUACGCGGAUCUUACCGCUGCGUGUGUCCACAAGGAACGGCCGGUGAUCCCGUGGGGACAGGUUGCGCGAUCCCCCAUCGGUGCGCGUUGGACGCGGAUUGCCCCGACUCGCAGGCAUGCGUCCAGCACAAUUGCACCGACCCCUGCUCCCUGGUCGACUGCGGCCUCAACACCGUUUGCUCCGUCUUCGACCACGCCGCGGCGUGCCAAUGCCAGCCGGGCUACAUCGGCGAUUCCUCGGGAUGUUUCAAAGUGGAGUGCCUCUCCAACAACGACUGCCCAACCGACAAGUAUUGCAAUCAGGACGCUAAUAAAUGCGCCAGCCCUUGCAAUCAAAUGAAUUGCGGAUACGGUAACUGCAUAGCGUCCGACCACGCUGGAAUAUGCAAAUGUUAUCCCGGUUUCGAGCUGGCAGCCGAUAUCUGCGAGGACGUUGACGAGUGUUUGGAAAACCCUUGUCACUCUUCCGCUGUUUGUCAAAACACGGAAGGCUCUUACACCUGCGUUUGUCCCCACGGAUUGGUCGGAGAUCCGUUCAAGUCUGGUUGCAAACAGCCAGGGGACUGCUUCACCGACUUCGACUGCCCUAAUUCUGCCGCUUGCAUCGACAACAGGUGCACGAAUCCCUGCGACGUGUCCACGUCCGUUUGCGGAAGAAACGCCGAUUGUUUCGUCCGCGACCACGUACCAUUUUGCAGAUGUCCCGGCCAGACCACCGGCAAUCCAGCGUCGGAGUGCGUCCAUUUGGAAUGCAAUUACCACAGCGACUGCGGUCCUUCCGACGCCUGCUUCGAUCACAAAUGCGUCGAUCCCUGCUCUCUCUCCAACGUUUGCGGCCAAGGGGCGGACUGCUCUCCUCUCAACCACAGCGCGGUGUGCACGUGUCAACCUGGUGGCACAGGCGACCCCAAUCUGGGCUGCACACCUGUCCAAUACUGCAAAUCGGACUCCCAAUGCGCCACAGGCUCGGCUUGCAACGGAGGGAUAUGCACCGCGUUGUGCGGUAGCACGAGAGACUGCAUAGGCGACCAGCUGUGCAUCAACGGCCUCUGCCAACCGACUUGCAAGAGCAACUCCAGCUGCCCCGAAUACCAAUACUGUCACAACAACAUUUGCGUGCAGGAACUGCGUUGCGCGUCGAACGACGAUUGCCUCGACGACGAGAGAUGCGUGAAGAACAACAUUGGCCAGGCGGAGUGUCGCAGAGCGUGCGACCUGCUCCUCUGCGGGCGGAACGCGGGAUGCAAGGCGGACAACCACGUCGCGGUUUGCUCCUGCAAAUCUGGAUUCUUUGGUAAUCCAAAGGACGAUAAGAUCGGUUGCCAGCCUAUCGAGUGCGAGGCGAACGAAGAUUGCACCGGGGAGAAGAUUUGCGACACCCACAAGUGUAGAAUCGCUUGUCUCGCCCGUAAUCCUUGCGGGGUUAACGCAAUUUGCACGGCUGAGAAGCACGUUCAGAUCUGCACGUGUCAGCCAGGUUACACGGGAGAGCCCACCCGCGGAUGCCAAUUGAUCGAUUAUUGCCUCAACGAACCCUGCGCCCCUGGCGCCAUGUGCGAAAACUCAAGGGGCUCUUACAAAUGUCACUGUCAACAGGGAAUGGUUGGGGAUCCGUACAACAGUGGCUGCCAACCACCGGUAGAGUGUCUACAGGACGAGGAUUGCCCGCUCACCGCCAAGUGUAUCAAUGUGAACAAUGUGCCCAAAUGUUUCGAUGUUUGCUCGCGCACACAGUGCGGGCCGAACGCGGAUUGCGCGGCCACUAAUCACGCGGGGGCCUGUCAGUGUCGGCCCGAUUACGAGGGCGAUCCGAACAAUCUGAGUAUAGGGUGUCGGCCUAAACCGGUUAUUUGUUCGUCAGCCGCGGACUGCUCGCCCAAUACCUACUGUUACGAGGGCAUCUGUCGACCGUCCUGCCAAUCGGACGAGGAAUGCAACUUGUCAGACGUGUGCUUGAACGGACAAUGCCUUGAUCCUUGCAACGUGAGAGCCGCGUGUGGAAUAAAUGCGGAAUGCGACGUGAGGAGUCACAUUAAGCAGUGCAGCUGCCCACCUGGCUUCACCGGCAAUUCGGAAGUGGAAUGCGUGAGAUUGCCAGUGUCCUGCAGAGACACAAACGACUGCAACGAUGGGAAUACAUGCCGCGACAACGUGUGCCUUCCGAUCUGCUCCAGCGACAACGAGUGCGCGUUCAACGAGAAAUGCGUUCGUGGAAACUGUUUGCUCACCUGCAGGUUGGACAACGACUGUUUCCUGGGCCACAUAUGCUUGCACAACAUGUGCACGUUCGGUUGCCGGGCGGACGAGGACUGCAACGCCAACGAGGCGUGCAUCACGAACAAGUGCAUCAAUCCUUGCGAGGCGACCCCUUGCGGGCCGAACGCCAAGUGCACGGUGUUCAAUCAACGGGCCACCUGUUCGUGCCCAUCAGGCUUCAUACCGAAUCCAACCGCCAAAGUUGCUUGCCUCAGAUCGCCUGGCCCCGUCUGCCAAGCGAACAGGGACUGCGCAACAGGGACAGCUUGCAUAGGGAACGUUUGCACCCCCGUCUGCUCCACGGAUUUGAAUUGCCUGAGCAACGAGCGGUGCGAUCCCUCGGGAAUUUGCAAAUCGUUGUGCAGAAGGGACGAGGAUUGUCGAAGCGGAGAAAUCUGCGAGGGAUUGGUGUGCGUGAUCGGAUGCCGCGCUGACGUCGAGUGCCAAGAGAAUUUCGCCUGUUUGAACAACCAGUGUCGAGAUCCUUGCUCCCUUCCGGAUGUGUGCGGAGCGAACGCCAAGUGCACGGUGGUGGGUCAUCAGAAGGUGUGCUCGUGCCCUGCACCGUUGAUAGGGGAUCCCCUGAUUGGCUGCAAACAGGCGUUCUUGCCCUGCAACACGGAACAGGAAUGCGCGACCGGUCAGACUUGUUACGGAAGAUCUUGUUACGCCACGUGUAGAAGUGACGCUAAUUGCUUGAGCGACGAACGAUGCGACGGGGGAAUAUGCAAGGCUAUAUGCAACAGCGACGACCACUGCGUGGCCAAUCAGAUCUGUCAGAACAGAUUAUGCGAUAUCGGAUGUCGUAGCGAUAACACUUGCCCAAAUGACGAGUCUUGCAUAAACAACAAAUGUAAAAAUCCUUGCGAGGGUGGCAAAGCCUGCGGCGAAUGCGCGGGUUGCCGCGUGGCGAAUCACGUGGCGCAAUGCAGUUGUCCGGCCAAUUAUUACGGGAAUGCAUUAAUCAGUUGCUCGAAAUCCAUGAUCCCCUGCGACGGCGCCUGCGACGAGUGCGACGAGAUCGGUUUCUGCGCGAAGAGUUGCCACGGCCAGGAUCAAUGCUCGUGCGGUGAAGUGUGCCAUUCGGGAAAGUGUCGCAUCAAGUGUGACGUCAACAACUAUUGUCCAAAGGGGUACGUUUGCGAGGAGGGGUUGUGCCUGAUCGGUUGCCGCACACAUUCCGACUGUCCAUCCUCCCUAUCAUGCGUCAAUGGCCAAUGCGAGGAUCCGUGUUCGGCAAACGGGUCGCCAUGCGGAAUCAAUGCUCUGUGCCGCGUGUCGAAUCACAGGGCGGUUUGCCUGUGCCCGGAAGGGUUCCAAGGGGAGCCAAGCCAAGAGUGCUAUCAACUGGAGUGCCAUCGGGACGAGGACUGCGAGGCGAACAAACGGUGCAGCGAGGACGGGGUGUGCACGAAUCCCUGCCUCCAGCAUGGCGUGUGCGGGUUCAACGCGCAAUGCAGGGUGGUUAACAGGAAGGCGCAGUGCUCCUGCCCGCCCGGCCACUAUGGAAAUCCUCAGAUCAACUGCAAGAAAGGUGGGGACGAGUGUUUAAGAAGACCUUGCGGCGUGAACGCGAAGUGCAGGGAGACAUUGAACGGAUUUGAGUGCACCUGCGACCCCGGAUGCCACGGCGAUCCUCACCAAGCCUGCAUCUGCGACGGAGGGGAACUGUGCAAGGAUAUGCGUUGCGGCGCGAACGCCGCUUGCAGGAUUUACAAGAAUCAACCGCAAUGCUACUGCCCGUCCAAUUAUCCUUCCGGGGAUCCUAUGCACGCUUGUAGCGCGGAAAAGAGCUUCGAUUGUCGCACGAACGGAUGCGGUAAGGGAGCCGAGUGCAUACGGGACGGUGCGAUAUUCGUGUGCAGGUGUCCACCCGGUACCAGUGGAUCGCCGGAUAUCGAGUGCACGACAGAGCGCGAAUGCACCAGCGAUCUCGAGUGCCCGAACGAAAAGGCCUGCAUAAAUCUGCAAUGCGUGGACCCGUGCGGUCUCCGUGGCGCCUGCGGGAUCAACGCCCUGUGCCGCGUGGUUCUGCACAAACCGCGAUGCUCCUGCCCCCAGUGUUAUAUCGGUAUGCCUCACACGGCCUGCCAUCCGGACCCGAAAUGCGAAACGUUGAAUCCGAGACCGACGCCGAACAUCGGUUGCUCGUCGGACCGCGACUGCCCGGAGAGCUUGUCGUGUCACACUCGCACCGGCGAGUGCCGCGACCCGUGCCUCAGCUCCCGAUACACCUGCGAGGUGAACAAGAGGUGCCAGGUGCGGAACCACAGGCCCAUGUGCGUGUGCAAAUACGGUUUCGUCGUGAACGAGGUCGGCGAGCUGACGUGCGCCCCGGACACGUUGACGUGCACCAGGGAUUUCGACUGCCCGUCGAACGCCGCGUGCGUGAACGGGAAAUGCCAGAACCCGUGUAACGUGAGAAAGAAAAAGCCGUGCCCGGCUGAUAAAACCUGCGACGUCCUGGACCACCGUCCCGUCUGCAUAUGCACACAAAACUGCAAUCCCUCCCUCUCCAUUUGCCUGCGAGACAGUGGCUGCUCUCCAGACUUGGCGUGCCGCAACUAUCGCUGCGUGGACCCAUGCAGAAACUCCACCUGUCCGGCUGAUGCCCCCUGUUACGUGGAGGAGCACAAGCCUAUCUGCAAGUUCUGUCCCCCCGGCUUUGUGCCAGAUAUUAAAUACGGAUGCAUGAAAGAUACCAAAUGCAAAACGCAUGACGACUGUCUCUCUCAAUUGGCCUGCAUAAACGAUCAAUGUCUGAAUCCGUGCACUGUUCAUAAUCCAUGCGACUUCGUGGAAAUCUGCCAUGUCCAAGAUCACAGACCUGUUUGCGUGAAAGAGGUGACAAACGAGACAAACUGUCCUUAUUGUCCACCAGGAAUGGAGUGCGAUCCAGCGACGUAUACUUGCGUGAAAGCGGGUUGCACUAUCCACAAAGAUUGCCCGCUGACAGAGGCAUGCAUUGAGGGCACUUGUCAGGAACCGUGCCUCGUUUGGAAUCCUUGCGCCCAAAACGCGAUCUGCGUUAACACCAAUCACCGCGCGGAUUGCAGCUGCGAGGAUGGUUAUCAUGGGAAUGGAUUCAAUUACUGUGAACCAGAGGAAGAAGGUAGAAACGUGUGUCAGUACAAUGAGGAUUGUCCAUCAUAUAAAUUUUGCGACCGUCUCAACCGGAAGUGCAUCGACCCUUGCCUGAAGACCGAUUGUGGUCUGAACGCGAGUUGUUAUCCGGAGAACCAUCAAGCACAAUGCAAGUGCUUGCUCGGAUUCCAAGGAAAACCUUACGUUGGUUGCACGCCAGUGACCACGGAUCCAUGUGUUCCAAACCCUUGCGGUUUGGACGCGAUGUGCGAGAACGAUAAUGGCAAUCCGAUAUGCUUCUGUCCUAAGGGAUUGACUGGAAAUCCUUUCGAGCAAUGCAUACCAGAAGGAGAUCAAUGUCAAGAAAAUUUGUGUGGUGUCAAUUCCGGUUGCCGCGUGAUAUCAGGACAAGUGAGAUGCUUCUGUUUACCAGGAUACGAAGGAAAUCCUCCUGAUUCUCCCUGCACGCUUCCCAACAAUCCUUGCGAACCGUCUCCUUGUGGACCUAAUACUCAAUGCACGAUACUGAACAGCGGUUUAGCAAAGUGUACUUGCCUGCCAGGAUACAUCGAGAGUCCAAAUACAAUCAGAGGAUGUAUACCUAAAUCUGAUCAAUGUAAUCCUAAUACUUGUGGUUUGGGUGCUGCAUGCGAUUCGAGUAGAGUGCCUCCUUGCUAUUGUCCGGAGCACACUGUUGGAAAUCCUUACCAGAGCUGUGCAGUACCUCCAAGUGACGUAUUCGAGCCUUGUUUAUUGGUGCCAUGUGGAAAGAAUGCUAUUUGUGUCGAGGAACACGGUGUCCCCAAAUGCAAGUGUGUUCCACCAUUUAUUGGAAAUCCAUAUAUAGACGGUUGUGAAGCGGAGUGCGUUGUGAAUCAAGAUUGCGACAAUCAUCUCGCCUGCUUCAAUCAGCAUUGUAGGGAUCCUUGUCCAGGUGUCUGUGGUUCCAAUGCAAAAUGUGAAGUAAUCGAUCACGUGCCGGUUUGCUCUUGUUUGCCUGGCUAUACUGGGGAUCCAUUUGAUUCUUGUAAAGCCGAAAAAUCUGUACUCCCAGCUCAGAAUCCUUGCAUGCCAUCACCUUGCGGACCACACAGCAUUUGUCGUAUGAUGAACGAUCGUGCAGUCUGUUCGUGUAGUCCAGGAUAUCAUGGAUCACCGCCAUCUUGUCGUCCAGAAUGUUUAGUCAGCUCAGAAUGUCCUGCACAUUUGGCGUGCAUCGGCCAGAAAUGUGGAGAUCCUUGCCCUGGCCUUUGUGGGCAAAACGCUUUGUGUCAAGUCGUCAAUCAUAAUCCCAUUUGCAGUUGUCCUCCAGAAUAUCUCGGUGAUCCUUUCUCACAUUGUGUUAAAGAAGAUAUACCACUGCCAAGUCCAAAGAAUCCUUGUCUGCCAUCACCCUGUGGCCCGAACGCCGAGUGUCGCGUGCAGGAAGAUCAUCCUGUUUGCACGUGUAUUAGCGGAAUGUUUGGUGCACCACCGAAUUGCAGACCCGAGUGUCUGAUACAUCAAGACUGUCCAAAUUAUCUCGCUUGUGUUCAGAAAAAGUGCGUGGAUCCUUGCGUUGGUUCUUGUGGUUUCAAUACGAAUUGCACCGUGCAUAAUCAUCGUCCCAUGUGCCAAUGUUAUGAGGGUUACGAGGGGGACCCAUUCUCUGGAUGUAGUAAAGUUACAUUCCCUGUACCACUGCCAUGCGAUCCAUCUCCGUGCGGCGCAAACGCAGUUUGCAAAGAACGAAACGGAGCUGGCUCGUGUACCUGUUUACCCGACUACACUGGAGAUCCUUAUGAAGGAUGUAGACCAGAAUGUGUUCAAAAUUCAGAUUGUGUUCACACGAAAGCCUGUAUAAAUAACAAAUGCAAGGAUCCAUGCGUGGGUGCUUGUGGUAUAAAUGCUCAGUGCCAAGUGAUCAAUCAUCAACCCUCGUGCAGCUGUCUCUCUGGUUACACUGGAGAUCCUCUGAAAUCUUGCCACAUACCACCUGUAACACCACUGCCUGGUGACCCAUGCCAACCAUCUCCAUGUGGUCCGUAUAGCAAUUGUCGCGUGAUCGAUAAUCAUGCAGUUUGUUCCUGUCAACCAAAUUACGUUGGUAAUCCUCCACAAUGUAGACCAGAAUGUGUCGUUAGUACAGAUUGCACUCAGAACACGGCUUGCAUCGAUCAAAAAUGCAGAGAUCCAUGCCCAGGGACUUGUGGCCAAAAUGCUGACUGUCAGGUCAUCAAUCACAAUCCGGUGUGCAGUUGCACGUCUGGAUAUACCGGAGAUCCCUUCUUUGGAUGUGUUAAAGAACCGGAGGGAAAGCAACCUGGAUCGGAACCGAGUGGCAAUCCAUGCAUUCCAUCACCGUGUGGACCGAAUUCUCAGUGUCGCGUGAUCGAUGGUUUCCCAGCAUGUUCUUGUCUACCGAAUUAUGUGGGCAGAGCACCGAAUUGUCGACCGGAAUGUGUCAUCAACGAAGCAUGUCCUGGAAAUCUUGCCUGUCAGAACGAACAGUGCGUGGAUCCUUGUCCAGGCUCUUGUGGAGUAAACACUUAUUGUAACGUCGUGAAACAUAAUCCUGUUUGUAUUUGCAACACUGGAUACACUGGCAAUCCAUUCACCGAAUGCGUGCCUAUAAUGGAAGAACCCACUACAACCGAGCAACCUCGUACACCAUGCAAUCCAUCCCCAUGUGGAGCGAACGCGAUCUGCAACGAGCGAAACGGUGUUGGAUCUUGUACUUGCCUUCCAGAAUACAUCGGCGACCCGUACACAGGAUGCAGGCCAGAAUGUGUCACGAACACAGACUGCGAUCGCAGCAAGGCUUGUUUGAACAACAAAUGCGUGAAUCCUUGCCCUGGCACUUGUGGACAAGGAGCAACAUGUCGAGUGAUCAAUCAUGCUCCUUCCUGUACCUGUUUACCUGGUUUCACUGGAGAUCCUUUCAACGCUUGCACUGGAAUAGAAGUAACACCAGAACCAUUACCGCUCAAUCCUUGUGAACCAUCGCCUUGUGGACCGAAUAGCAACUGUCGCGUGCACAAUGGACAUGCGGUGUGUCUUUGUCAACCAGGAUUCGUCGGUGUUCCUCCUACAUGUCGACCAGAAUGUAUAGUGAGCUCUGAGUGUCCUCAGAACAAGGCUUGCAUCGAGAACAAGUGUGCGGAUCCUUGUCCAGGUUCCUGUGGAUUGAACACGAAAUGUCUGACGGUGAAUCACAAUCCCAUUUGCACUUGUACGAAUGGAUACACUGGUGAUCCACUUGUUCAGUGUACUAGGUCCAACGCGACACAGCCACCGUUCAAGGAUCUUGGAAAUCCAUGCUCACCUAAUCCUUGCGGACCUAAUUCUCAAUGCAAAGUGAUUGGUUCUCAGCCUGCAUGCUCCUGCCUGUUGAACUUUAUCGGUCGUCCUCCAAAUUGUAGACCAGAAUGCGUUGAUAACUCGGAUUGCUUCCAUUCGGCUGCUUGUAUAAACCAGAGGUGCAAAAAUCCUUGUAUUGGAGCUUGUGGGGAAAUGGCCAGAUGCUCGGUUCAGAAUCAUGUUCCUAUUUGCACUUGUCCUGAGGGAUACGAGGGAGAUGCUAGUGUUCGUUGUGUCUUGGCACCUCCACCAACAACGGACAUAAGCGUAGCAAAUCCAUGUUCUCCGAAUCCAUGCGGUCCAAAUGCUCAAUGUCGUGAAAGAAAUGGUGCUGGAGCCUGUGCAUGUCCACCAGAUCUUAUUGGAGAUCCCUAUGAUAAUGAAAAAGGAUGCCACAGAGAGUGCGAAUCGAGCAACGAUUGUGCACCGCAAUUGGCUUGCGUUGGUUUCAAGUGUACCGAUCCCUGUCCAAACACUUGUGGCACGUUAUCCAUCUGUAAUGUCCAGCAACACGUUCCAGUAUGCACUUGUCCUCCAGAAUACACGGGAGAUCCAUACUUUGCAUGCGAAAUAAGAGAAACGACAAGAAUUCCAUUAGAUCCAUGCUCACCAUCACCCUGUGGACCGAACAGUAAAUGUCGCGAGGUGAAUGGUCAAGCUGUUUGCACGUGUCUUCCGGAAUACAGAGGAAUUCCGCCAAAUUGUAGACCAGAAUGUGUGGUAAACGCUGAAUGUCCACCUCACUUGGCUUGUUUGAACAAGAAAUGCACUGAUCCAUGCCCGAAUACUUGUGGAGUGAGAGCACUUUGCACCACUAAGAAUCACAAUCCUAUUUGUACCUGUCCUGUUGGAUUUACUGGAGAUCCAUUCUUCCAGUGCUCGCCUAUUCCAGAUAUUCCAUCGACUGAACGGCCACCAUCUUGCAGUCCAUCGCCAUGUGGUCCGAAUUCUCUCUGUCAAAUUAUAUCCGGAAAUCCAGCGUGUUCUUGCUUACCAGAUUACAUCGGUGUUCCUCCAGAAUGUAGACCAGAAUGCAUUUUGAGCUCUGAAUGCAAGAGUCAUCUUGCUUGUGUGAAUCAGAAAUGUAAAGAUCCUUGUCCAGGUUCAUGCGGUGUCAAUGCACAAUGUCAUGUGGUUAAUCAUAUCCCUGUUUGCACAUGUAUGGAGGGUUUCACUGGUGAUCCAUUCGCACAAUGCAGAGUGAUUCCUCCAACAACUAUGCCAACUGUUAGCGACCCAUGUAAUCCAUCACCAUGUGGACCAAACGCAAUAUGCAAAAAUGGUGACUGCGAGUGUCUACCAGAAUACAUUGGCAAUCCAUACGAAGCUUGUCGACCAGAAUGCAUCUUAAAUUCAGAAUGUCCACGCGAUAAGACUUGUCUGAGAAACAAGUGCAAAGAUCCUUGUCCUGGAACUUGUGGACAGAACGCAAUUUGCGAUGUCGUGAAUCAUAUUCCUGUGUGCUCUUGCCUAGCUGGAUAUAUUGGAGAUCCAUUCGUUAGUUGUCGUGAACAACCACAUGUCCCAGAAUCUUCAAAGGAUCCAUGCUUACCCGUUUCACCGUGCGGACCAAACAGCCAGUGUCGCAAUAUUGAGAAUCAUGCAGUAUGUUCUUGUCUCCAAGGAUAUCUUGGAUCUCCACCAUCCUGCAGACCAGAGUGCGUGGUCAGUUCAGAAUGUCCACCCACUCGUGCUUGCGUGAAUAACAAGUGCACGGAUCCUUGCUUGGGUUCUUGCGGUUUGAACGCCAGGUGUGAAGUGAUCAAUCACUCGCCAAUCUGUAGUUGUCUUUCUGGUCAAACUGGAGAUCCGUUCAAGAGCUGCUAUGAUAUUCCACUACCACCAGAUUCCAAAGACACAGGAGAUCCUUGCAAUCCUUCACCCUGUGGGCCAAAUGCUCAAUGUCAAAAUGUAAAUGGUUAUCCAUCCUGUUCUUGUCUCCCUACUUACAUUGGAACUCCGCCAUCUUGUCGCCCAGAGUGUUUGAUAAAUCCUGACUGUCCUUCAGACAAGGCCUGCAUAAACUCAAAGUGCACAGACCCUUGUCCAGGAUCCUGUGGAGAAAAUGCUAGAUGUCUGGUUGUCAAUCAUGCUGUCACUUGCUCGUGCCAACUUGAUUAUACAGGAAAUCCUUUCGUCCAGUGCAUCGAGUUGGAAAAAGAACCCAUCAAUCCAUGCGAACCUUCACCUUGCGGUCCAAACGCAAUUUGCCAACAACGUGACAACGUAGGUGCAUGCAUUUGCAUCGACGACUACCAUGGAAAUCCCUACGAAGGUUGCCAACCAGAGUGUAUUCUGAGUUCAGACUGUCCAACCAACAAAGCUUGUGUUCGCAACAAGUGCGAAGAUCCUUGUCCAGGAGUAUGCGGGAUCCAAGCUCAAUGUUCUGUCAUUAAUCACAUUCCAACAUGCACUUGUCAACCUGGCUAUGUGGGAGAUCCCUUCAACAUUUGCAAUUUACCGAUCAGUCGAGAAACAGAGCCUACUGUCAUCGAUCUUUGCAAUCCAUCCCCUUGUGGACCUAACAGUUUGUGCAGAGCAGUAAAGGAUCAAGCUGUGUGUACCUGUCAAGAAUCUUUUGUCGGUUUGCCACCUAAUUGCAAGCCUGAGUGUGUCGUGAACUCGGAGUGUCCUCAGAAUAGAGCUUGCUACAAGUACAAGUGUACCGAUCCUUGUCCUGGAACUUGUGGAGUGGGUGCUAAUUGCCGAGUGAUCAAUCACAAUCCGUUAUGCAGUUGUCCACAAGGAACUACAGGAGAUCCUUUCUCUAGAUGUUAUCUUCAACCAGUUACACCACCACCACCAGUGGAUCCUUGCACCCCAAGUCCGUGCGGUCUUUACGCAGAGUGCAGAGUAAUUGGUGAUCAGGCUGCUUGCUCUUGCUUGAAGAACUAUAUAGGUCUUCCACCAAAUUGUCGUCCAGAAUGUGUCGUUAACACAGAUUGCGCUUCAAAUCAAGCUUGCAUCUCAGAAAAAUGUAGAGACCCUUGUAUCGGAUCUUGUGGAGAAAAUGCAAAUUGUAGGGUGCAGAAUCAUAUUCCUGUGUGUCUGUGUCAACCAGGAUUCACUGGUGAUCCUUUCUCAUUAUGCUCUCCAAUAAUAGAACAACCAAAACCAUCCGAAGAUCUAUGCAAUCCAUCGCCUUGUGGACCAAACGCAGAGUGCAACGAAGGAAUUUGCACGUGUCUUUCAAAUUAUUUCGGCGAUCCAUACUCGUACUGUCGUCCAGAAUGCACUAUGAACUCGGAUUGUUCUCGAGUGAAAGCGUGUGUCAAUCAUUACUGCGUAGAUCCAUGCGAGGGCACGUGUGGAACCAGUGCAAAAUGUGACGUAGUUAAUCAUAUUCCCAUGUGCAGCUGCCUUCCUGGUACCAGUGGAGAUCCAUUCACACUCUGUCGACCACAUGUAAUCGAAGAGCCAAGGAUACAACCGUGCACACCGUCUCCUUGCGGUCCAAACAGCAUCUGCAGAGUGGUGAACGAUCAUGCAGUUUGUUCUUGCCAAAGUGGUUUCAUCGGUAAUCCACCUGCCUGUAGACCAGAAUGCGUAGUCAGUGCCGAGUGUCCAUUGACACAAGCGUGUCUUGGUAAUAAAUGUCAAGAUCCUUGCCCAGGUACUUGUGGCCAGAACACUAAGUGUCAAGUGGUCAAUCACAAUCCGAUAUGCAGUUGUUCAGAAGGACACACUGGCGAUCCAUUUUCCAGAUGCUACCUGAUGCCCAAGCAAUCACCAGCGCCAACCAAUCCAUGUCAACCAUCGCCAUGUGGACCGAACGCGGAAUGUCAAGUGCGAGGUGACAGUCCAGCCUGUUCGUGUAUAGCGAAUUACAUCGGUGUUCCGCCUAAUUGUAGGCCUGAGUGUACGAUAAAUCCGGAGUGUCCGCCGCAUUUAGCGUGUAUGCAAAAGAAGUGUCGUGAUCCGUGUAUCGGUUUGUGCGGUUCGAAUGCUCAGUGUUCGGUAGUGAAUCAUCAUGCGGUGUGCGCUUGCGCGGAAGGUUACACCGGAAAUCCGUUCAGCACUUGUGAGCCGGUCGUCAAGGAUAUACCUCUAGAUAUUAGGAAACCAUGCGAGCCUUCCCCAUGUGGUACUAACGCGAUCUGUCGCGAGAACAAUGGCGUCGGUUCCUGUUCCUGUCUUCAAGACUACAUUGGUGACCCAUACGAAGGAUGCAGACCCGAAUGUACGCAAAAUUCCGAUUGCUCCAAGACGAUGGCCUGCAUGGGCCUCAAGUGCAGAGAUCCCUGCCCAGGAACCUGUGGAUUGCAAGCCCGUUGCGAAACGAUCAAUCACGUUCCAGCGUGUUCUUGCAACCCUGGAUACACGGGCAAUCCGUUCAACUAUUGUACCCCGGUUUCUGUGCCCCAUACCAUACCAAGGAACCCUUGUUCACCUUCACCCUGCGGACCAAACAGUGUUUGUCGAGUGAUCAAUCAACAACCAGUUUGUUCCUGCGUAGCAGGAUACCUCGGUGCACCACCUGCCUGUCGACCUGAGUGCACAGUCAGCUCUGAUUGUCCUUUAUCAGAAGCUUGUAGUAAUCAGAAAUGUGUAAAUCCUUGUCCUGGUUCUUGCGGAUUCAAUACAAUCUGCAACGUCGUCAAUCAUAAUCCCAUAUGCAGUUGUUUGCCCGGAUUUACAGGGGAUCCUUUCGUGCGAUGUAUUCUACAACCACCAGAGCCUACAAUACCACAAAAUCCAUGCGAACCCUCUCCAUGCGGGCCCAAUUCUCAAUGUAGAGUUGUCAACAAUUCACCCUCUUGUUCCUGUUCACCAGAAUUUGUAGGCGUUCCUCCUAAUUGUAAACCAGAAUGUAUUAGUAAUAGCGAAUGUCCCAGUGAUUUGGCCUGCAUGAAUCAGAAAUGCAAAGAUCCUUGUCUUGGAUCUUGUGGAGUUAAUGCUGAGUGUCGUGUUGUCAGUCAUACACCUAUGUGUGUUUGUCCCAAUGACUAUACUGGCGAUCCUUUCACACAAUGUAUACUUAGACCAUCUAUCCCUGAAAAUCUUUCUCCAUGUACUCCAUCUCCAUGCGGGUUCAAUGCGAUAUGCAAAGAACAAAAUGGUGUAGGCUCGUGCUCCUGUUUGCCCGAUUAUAUUGGUAAUCCCUAUGAAGGCUGUCGACCUGAAUGUGUCGUUGAUACAGAUUGUCCAUCCAUAUUGAGUUGCAUUUGCUCCAAAUGUCAAGAUCCUUGUCUAGGCACUUGUGGCACGAACACAGAAUGUAAAGUUAUUAAUCAUCGUCCUGCAUGUACGUGCAUUCAAGGUUACAGUGGAAAUCCUUUCCAUUAUUGCAUCUUGACUCGUGAAAUAGAAGAUGAAACAAAAUUGAAAGAUCCGUGCAAUCCAUCACCCUGUGGACCAAAUAGUGAAUGUCGCGUGGUAAAUGGCCAAGGUGUCUGCUCUUGUUUGCCACAAUACAUAGGCACACCUCCCAUGUGUCGUCCAGAAUGUGUUCUGAACUCAGAAUGUCCUCAAGAUCGUGCAUGUGUCAAUCAGAAAUGCGUAAACCCUUGUCCUGCUUCUUGUGGCACAUUCGCCACCUGUGUGAUCAGGAAUCACAGUCCAAUUUGUGCCUGCAGACAAUCAUAUACAGGAGAUCCAUUCACCAUGUGUUUCCCUAUUCCACAAGCCUUACCACCUGUAUCAGUCGAAGUUACACAACCAUGUCUGCCUUCUCCUUGCGGUCCAAAUUCUGAAUGUCGUGUAGUUAAUAGUGGUCCAUCCUGUCAAUGUCUACCUACUUACAUUGGAAGUCCUCCAAACUGCAGACCAGAGUGUAUCAUCAACUCUGAUUGUCCUAGUAAUAGAGCUUGUAUCAGACAGAAGUGCACAGAUCCUUGUCUAGGAUCUUGUGGAAUUGGCACUCAAUGUAGCGUGAUUAAUCAUGUACCUAUGUGUACUUGUCUUCAAGAAUAUACUGGAGAUCCCUUCACAAAUUGCUAUCCAAUGCCACCACAAUUGCCACCCCCUGAAUCAGAUCCCUGCAAUCCAUCACCUUGUGGACCAAAUGCUCAAUGCAAUGCAGGAAUAUGCACAUGUUUAUCAAAUUAUCAAGGUGAUCCGUACACUAGCUGUCGUCCUGAAUGUGUUCUCAAUAAUGACUGUCCUUUGAAUAGAGCUUGUGUUCGAAACAAGUGUGUGGACCCGUGUCCAGGCACUUGUGGUAGGAACGCAAUUUGCAAUGUCCUGAAUCAUAUACCCAUAUGUUCUUGUCCAGCAGGAAUGGCUGGCAAUGCUUUCAUUUCCUGUGAAAAAAUCGAAGUACAGGUAAAUCCCUGUAAUCCAUCUCCUUGUGGACCUAACAGUCAGUGCAGAGCUGUAAAUGGUCAGGCAGUGUGUUCCUGUGUGCCAGGAUUUCUUGGCAAUCCACCUAAUUGCAGACCAGAAUGUGUGGUUAGUUCAGAUUGUCCUAGGAAUCAAGCUUGCAAUAACCAGAAGUGCAUCGAUCCUUGCUCUGGUACUUGUGGCUGGAAAGCAUUGUGCCAGGUUGUCAAUCACAAUCCUGUGUGCAGUUGUCCUUCCGGUUUCACUGGAGAUCCUUUCUUUAGAUGUGAAUUUAUCACUGUGAGACCACCACAGGAAGACACGUGCGCUUCUUGUCAAUGUGGUCCCAAUUCCAUAUUCCAAACGAUAAACGACAAACCGUCUUGUGCCUGUUUGCCCGAUUUUAUCGGUUCCCCGCCAAAUUGUAGACCAGAAUGUGUGAGCAAUAGCGAAUGCUCGAGUAAUUUGGCUUGCAUCAAUCGGAAGUGUAGAGAUCCUUGUCCAGGCUCGUGUGGUUCCAACACGGAGUGUCGAGUAGUCAGUCAUACACCGAUGUGCACCUGUUUAACUGGUUUCACAGGCGAUCCCUUUGCGCAGUGCAUACCGAAACGACCCGAGACCGAGCUCACGCCACAAUCCCCAUGCAUCCCAUCGCCCUGUGGCCCGAACGCCAUAUGCAAAGAACAAAAUGGAGCCGGUUCGUGCACCUGUGCUCCAGAUUAUAUAGGCAACCCGUAUGAAGGAUGUCGACCCGAAUGUACAGUGAAUUCUGACUGUCCUUCAAACUUGGCCUGUAUUAGAUCUAAAUGUCAGAACCCUUGUCCCGGUACCUGUGGGUCAAAUGCUGAUUGCACGGUGAUCAAUCACCUGCCCAGCUGCACUUGUUUGCCUGGAUUCACGGGAGAUCCUUUUGUGAACUGUUACAUUCAACCGGCAGUUCUCCCUGAUCUACAAGAAAAUCCUUGUAAUCCCUCGCCCUGUGGACCCAAUAGUUUAUGCCGGGUGAAUAAUGGGCAAGCUGUGUGCUCUUGCCUAUCUGACUACGUAGGCACUCCCCCUGGAUGUCGACCGGAAUGCGUAGUUAGCUCAGAAUGUCCUUUGAACAAAGCUUGUGUCAAUCAGAAAUGUACAGACCCUUGUCCUAAUCGCUGUGGUACUAACGCGGAUUGCAGAAUCGUGAACCACAGCCCUAUCUGCGCUUGCAAACUGGAUUUCACUGGAGAUCCCUUCACCAGAUGUUUCCCCACGCCAAAACCAUCACCAACCUUAAUUGAAAACCCUUGUGUACCAUCCCCUUGUGGCCCAAAUUCGGAGUGCCGUGAUAUCGGAGGUUCUCCUUCUUGUUCCUGUUUACCAAAUUAUAUGGGCAGUCCACCGAAUUGUAGACCAGAGUGCACCAUAAACCCCGAUUGUCCUAGCAAUCGAGCAUGCAUGAACGAAAAAUGCAGUGACCCGUGUCCUGGCUCUUGCGGAUUCGGCGCAAUUUGCAACGUAAUUCAUCAUACCCCUGCGUGCUCUUGCCCCGAAGAUUUCACUGGUGACCCAUUUAACAGCUGUCAACCAUUACCACCUGAACCGGUGAAGGAUGUCCCGUCAGAUCUUUGUAAUCCCUCACCUUGUGGCCCGAACGCAGAGUGCAAUAAUGGUGUCUGCACUUGCCUUCCCGAGUAUCGUGGAAACCCGUACGAACUCUGUCGCCCUGAAUGCGUUCUAAAUAACGAUUGUCCUCAGAAUAGAGCUUGUGUUCGCAACAAAUGUAUCGAUCCUUGUGUAGGCACUUGUGGACAAAACGCGAUUUGCAAUGUAUACAACCAUGUUCCUAUGUGCAGUUGUCCUAGUGGAAUGUCUGGAAACGCUUUCGUGCUGUGUAUCGUUUCGAAAGAACCACUUGGAGCAGUAGAUCUUUGUAGACCAUCUCCUUGCGGACCCAAUAGUCAAUGUCGUAUUGUGAACCAACAAGCGGUCUGUUCUUGCGUUCAGGGAUAUCUAGGAGCUCCACCAUCUUGCAGACCAGAGUGCGUGGUCAGUUCAGAUUGUCCACGAAAUCUGGCUUGUAAUAAUCAGAAAUGUAUCGAUCCUUGUACUGGUACUUGUGGUUUGAGAACUCAAUGUCAGGUGGUGAAUCAUAAUCCCAUUUGUAGCUGUCUUCCGAGAUACUCUGGAGAUCCUUUUACCAGAUGUGAUCCUAUAAUUGAAACACCUUCUGAGCCUGUCAAUCCUUGUCAACCAUCUCCCUGUGGACCAAACGCUCAAUGUCGUGUGGUGAACGACUCACCUUCUUGCACGUGUUUGCCAGAAUUUAUUGGAUCACCACCGAAUUGUAGGCCUGAAUGUGUUAGCAACAGCGAAUGUGCUUCCCACCUUGCUUGCAUGAAACAAAAAUGUCGAGAUCCAUGUCCUGGUGCUUGUGGAUCGAACACAGAGUGUCGUGUUGUUAGCCACACUCCUAUGUGUGUCUGCUUGAAUGGAUAUACCGGAGAUCCUUUCACUCAGUGUGUGAUUCAAGAACCCAUUCUUAUCGAAAACGAGUCACCUUGUACACCGUCACCCUGUGGAGCAAACGCGAUAUGCAAAGAGCAAUCCGGAGCAGGUUCUUGCACAUGUUUAUCGGACUAUAUCGGAAAUCCUUAUGAAGGAUGUCGUCCAGAGUGUACCGUCAACUCUGACUGUGUCUCUAAUAUGGCUUGUGUACGUUCUAAAUGUCAAGAUCCUUGUCCAGGAACUUGUGGUCAAAAUGCAAUUUGUCAAGUGAUCAAUCAUUCACCAGCAUGUACUUGUACAUCUGGAUUCACUGGUGAUCCUUUCAGAUAUUGCAAUCCCAUUGUUCAAACGGAAUUAAUUCUAAGAGAGCCUUGCAAUCCAUCCCCCUGUGGACCAAACAGUCAAUGUCGCGCCGUGAACAAUCAGCCUGUCUGUACUUGUCUACCAGAAUAUAUUGGAAGUCCUCCAGGAUGUCGGCCAGAAUGCGUAACGAGUUCAGAAUGUCCAUUAAAUAGAGCUUGCGUGAACAACAAAUGUGUAAAUCCUUGCCCUCAGCCUUGCGGGUCGAAUACUAAUUGUAUAGUGCUCAAUCACAGUCCCAUAUGCAGUUGCAAGCAAGGAUUCACUGGAGAUCCUUUCAGUAGAUGUUUCCCUGUGCCACAACUUGCACCUGGUCCGGUCGUUCAGAAUCCCUGCGUACCUUCACCCUGUGGACCAUACGCAGAAUGCCGCGAUAUCGGUGGUGUGCCAUCUUGUUCUUGUCUUAAAUCCUAUAUCGGUAGUCCACCAAAUUGUAGACCCGAAUGUACUAUCAAUUCCGACUGUGCUAGUAAUCAGGCUUGCAUAAACGAGAGAUGUAGAGAUCCUUGUCCAGGUUCCUGUGGAUUAUCAGCCAUCUGUAACGUGAUUAAUCAUACACCAGCUUGCACAUGUCCAGAAGGAUUCACGGGAGAUCCUUUCAAUAAUUGUUACCUCAAACCAAUGGAAGAACCACCAAGACCUGCAGAUCCUUGUAAUCCCUCCCCUUGCGGUCCAAACGCGGUAUGCACAGAUGGUAGCUGCACUUGUCUCUCAGAUUAUCAAGGAGAUCCUUACAUAGGUUGUCGACCAGAAUGCGUCCUCAACAACGAUUGUGCUUUAUCUCGAGCUUGCAUUCGCAAUAAAUGCGUAGAUCCAUGCCCUGGAACUUGUGGUGAAAAUGCACAGUGCAAUGUAUACAAUCAUAUUCCUAUGUGCAGCUGCUUGCCUGGAAUGACAGGAAACGCUUUUCUUUCUUGUCGUCCAAGCAGAGGUCCCGAAGAUCCCUGUAAUCCUUCACCCUGUGGAUCCAAUAGUGUUUGUCGCGUGAUAAACGAGCAAGCAGUAUGUUCUUGCGUGCCCAGUUUUAUAGGAACACCUCCUUCCUGUAGACCAGAGUGCACCGUGAGUUCAGAUUGUCCAAAGAAUCAGGCGUGCAGCAAUCAAAAAUGCAUAAAUCCUUGCGCUGGUUCAUGCGGUGUCAUGGCUAAGUGUCAAGUGAUUAAUCAUAAUCCAAUUUGCAAUUGUCCAGCCGGCUUCACAGGCGAUCCUUUUGUAAGAUGCGAGCCUAAAAUUGAAAGGCCAGAAUUACCUAUUAAUCCAUGUCAACCAUCACCAUGCGGACCCAAUGCGGUCUGUCAAACGAUAAACGAUUCACCUUCCUGCUCUUGCAUGCCCGAAUUUGUCGGAUCACCACCUAAUUGUAGACCUGAAUGUAUUAGUAACAGUGAAUGCGCUAGCAACUUAGCGUGUAUGAGCAACAAAUGUAAAGAUCCUUGUCCUGGGUCCUGUGGAUCUAAUACAGAGUGUCGCGUUGUGAGCCACACUGCCAUGUGCGUAUGUUUGAUCGGUUACGAGGGCGAUCCAUUCAUUCAGUGUACUUUGAAACAGACUGACAUACAACCGACUGUUUCUACUCCAUGCACUCCAUCACCCUGUGGUUCAAAUGCUGUUUGCAAGGAACAAGGUGGAGUUGGUUCAUGUUCUUGUUUACCCGACUAUAUAGGCAAUCCUUAUGAAGGUUGUCGUCCAGAGUGUAUCAUAAAUUCUGAUUGCGUAUCUACUCGAGCUUGCAUUCAUUCUAAGUGUCAGGAUCCUUGUCCUGGUGCCUGUGGCACGAAUGCCGAAUGCCAGGUUGUCAAUCAUUUACCACAGUGCAAUUGUUUCCCCGGUUACACUGGUCAGCCUUACCAGUUCUGUCAAUUGAUUACAACACAACUUGAAGAUAGGAAAGAUCCAUGUUCUCCAUCGCCCUGUGGACCGAAUAGUAGAUGCCAAGUAAUUAAUGAUCAGGCAGUUUGUUCUUGUCUACCAGAAUUUAUUGGUUCACCUCCUGGAUGUCGACCAGAAUGCGUAGUCAGUGCAGAGUGCUCAUCGAAUUUAGCCUGUAUUAAUCAGAAAUGCAUAAACCCUUGUCCUGGACCAUGCGGUAUCAAUGCAGAAUGCAAUGUUAUUCACCACAGUCCUAUUUGUGCCUGUAGACAAAGAUAUACUGGUGACCCAUUCAGUCGUUGUUUCCCUAUGCCAGAAUCUCCACCAAUUCCGGUACCAUUUAAUCCAUGCAUUCCAUCACCUUGUGGUCCAAACGCAGAAUGUCGCGAUAGCAAUGGUAUAUCUUCCUGUUCCUGUUUAUCAAACUAUAUAGGAAGUCCUCCAAAUUGUCGUCCAGAAUGUACAGUGAACUCUGACUGUUCUCUUAAUCAAGCCUGUAUGAGAGAGAAAUGCAAAGAUCCUUGUCCUGGUUCUUGUGGUACUUUUGCUCAGUGUACCGUGAUGAAUCAUGUACCAAUUUGUAGUUGCAUUGAAGGUUAUACUGGAGAUCCAUUUACAAACUGUUAUCCUAGACCAUUAUCACAACCAACAGUUUCUGAAGAUCCUUGCAAUCCAUCACCCUGUGGACCAAAUACAGAGUGUAACAAUGGUAUUUGUACUUGUUUAGCCGAAUAUAAAGGAGAUCCUUAUAGAGGAUGUAGACCCGAGUGUGUUCUCAAUACCGAUUGUCCCACGAAUCAAGCUUGUGUUCGUAAUAAAUGCACUGAUCCUUGUGCCAAUACUUGUGGACAGAGUGCCAUAUGCAAUGUUUUCAACCAUAUUCCCAUGUGCAGUUGUCCUUCAGGAAUGAGUGGCAAUGCUUUCAUACUUUGUUCCCCGAUUCAAGAUGUAGUUCCAGCAAUGCCCUGUAAUCCAUCCCCAUGUGGUCAAAAUAGUCAAUGUCGUUCAAUAAAUGGCCAAGCAGUCUGCUCCUGCAUAUCUGGUUACAUAGGAAGUCCUCCAUCUUGUAGACCAGAGUGUGUAGUUAGCUCAGAUUGCUCCAGAAAUGAAGCAUGUAGUAAUCUAAAAUGUGUAAAUCCAUGUGUGGGAACUUGUGGUAUCCAGGCACAGUGUCAAGUCAUUAAUCAUAAUCCCAUAUGCAGUUGUCCUGUAGGAUUUUCCGGAGAUCCAUUCCUUAGAUGCAAUCCUAUCAUGGAAACCAAACCAGAAAUUAUAAAUGUAUGCAAGCCAUCACCAUGUGGUCCUAACGCCCUGUGCCAAAUAAUAAAUGAUUCGCCAUCUUGCACUUGUUUACCAGGAUUUAUUAACUCUCCACCAAAUUGUCGUCCGGAAUGUGUCAGUAAUAGCGAAUGUUUGACUCAUCACGCUUGUAUAAAUCACAAAUGCAAAGAUCCGUGUCCUGGUUCUUGUGGAGAAAACGCAGACUGUCGUGUAGUCAGUCAUACACCCAUGUGCGUUUGUUCCAUUGGAUAUACGGGUGAUCCGUUCACGCAAUGCGUUCCAUUCCAAGAAUCGAUACCAACCUCCCCUUGCACGCCAUCGCCCUGCGGUUCGAAUGCCAUUUGCAAAGAACAAAAUGGAGUGGGAUCUUGCGCCUGUUUGCCUGAAUAUAUUGGCAAUCCAUACGAAGGAUGUCGACCAGAGUGCACUGUUAGUUCAGACUGUCCCUCGAAUCUCGCUUGUAUAAGAAACAAGUGUCAAAAUCCUUGUCCUGGAACAUGUGGACAGGAUGCCAUUUGUCAAGUAAUUAAUCAUUCACCAACUUGCACCUGUGUACCUGGUUUCACGGGUGAUCCGUUUAGAUAUUGCCAACUUAUGAGAGAACCUGAAAAAUCCGAAGAUGAGACAAACCCGUGUAUUCCAUCGCCCUGCGGGCCAAAUAGUCAAUGCCGCGUGAUUUCCGGUAACGCGGUAUGUUCUUGCCUACCAGAAUACACCGGAAGUCCUCCCUCGUGCCGUCCAGAAUGUGUCGUGAGCUCAGAUUGUCCCUCGAAUAGAGCCUGCGUGAAUCAAAAGUGUGUGAAUCCUUGUCCACGACCUUGUGGACAAAAUACUAACUGUCUAGUCGUGAAUCACAGUCCAAUUUGUACCUGCAAAGAAGGAAACACUGGAAAUCCAUUCACCAGAUGUUUUUCUCUUCCAACUCAACCAACGUUACCUGAUCUACCUCAGAAUCCCUGUGUACCAUCUCCCUGCGGACCAUAUUCUGAAUGUCGAGAUAUCGGUGGCGCCCCUUCUUGUUCCUGUUUAGCUAAUUAUUUUGGCAGUCCACCGAAUUGUAGGCCAGAAUGUACCGUAAACUCAGAUUGUCCAAGUGAUAGAGCGUGCAUCAGACAGAAAUGCACCAAUCCUUGUCCUGGAUCUUGCGGUUUAUCCUCACAAUGCACGGUUUUCAAUCAUAUUCCGGUUUGUACGUGUCUGGAGGGAUUCACUGGUGAUCCUUUCAGCAAUUGUUCUCCUGCUCCACCCGUUGAAACGGUUUCUGAAGAUCCAUGCAAUCCAUCACCUUGUGGUCCAAAUGCGCAGUGCAAUAAUGGUAUCUGUACCUGUUUGGCAGAAUAUCAGGGCGAUCCUUAUUUAGGUUGUCGACCAGAAUGUGUUCUUAACACAGAUUGUCCUUUGACUCAAACUUGUCUACGUAACAAAUGUGUUGAUCCUUGUAUCGGUACUUGUGGUCAAAAUGCAGUUUGCAACGUGUACAAUCACGUGCCAAUGUGCAGUUGUCCUGCUGGAAUGACAGGCAAUGCAUUUGUUUUUUGUAAUCCAUUCAGAGAUCCUCUUGUGACUAAUCCAUGUAAUCCAUCACCUUGUGGACCGAAUAGUCAAUGUAGAGAAGUGAACGAGCAAGCUGUGUGCACUUGCAUCCCUGGUUUCGUUGGUAUUCCACCGACUUGUAGACCAGAAUGUGUAGUGAGCACAGAUUGUGGACCUACAGAAGCUUGCAUAAAUCAGAAAUGCAAUAAUCCGUGUAUUGGAUCGUGUGGAAUCAGGGCAAUUUGUCAAGUAGUCAAUCACAAUCCGAUUUGCAGUUGCCCUGUUACAAUGACUGGUGAUCCAUUUGUCAAGUGUAUUGAGAAACCAUUGGAAGUACCACCGCAACAGAACCCUUGUGAACCAUCUCCUUGUGGUCCAAAUGCGCAAUGUCAAGUUAUCAAUAAUUCCCCAUCGUGUUCUUGUUUGCCAGAAUUCACUGGUUCACCACCCAAUUGUAGACCAGAAUGCAUAAGCAAUAGCGAAUGUCCAAGUAACUUAGCAUGUAUCAAUCAGAAAUGUAGGGAUCCUUGUCCAGGUUCCUGUGGUGAAAAUGCUAUAUGUAAUACAGUAUCUCACACACCAAUGUGUACAUGUUCCUCAGGAUACACUGGAGAUCCAUUCACUCAGUGUAUCUUGCAACAACUUAUCCCAAUGUAUAUUCCUCAACCCUGUGUACCAUCUCCUUGUGGAGCAAACGCGAUCUGCAAGGAACGAAACGGAGCAGGAUCAUGCUCUUGCUUGCCAAACUACAUAGGUAACCCCUAUGAAGGUUGUCGGCCGGAAUGUGUGUUAAAUUCAGACUGUAUACCAAGCAAGAGCUGUGUUCAAUUUAAAUGCGAGGAUCCUUGUCCCGGUACAUGUGGUCAGAAUGCAGUUUGUCAAGUGAUCAAUCAUGUGGCUACUUGCAAUUGCUUGCCUAGAUUUACUGGAGAUCCUUUCAGAUUCUGUAGAGAAGAAGAGAUAGUCACUUUACCGAGCGUGAAAAAUCCUUGUCAACCAUCACCUUGUGGAGCAAACAGCGUCUGUAAAGAGAACAAUGGACAAGCAGUGUGCUCGUGCUUGCCUGAAUUCCGUGGUUCUCCACCAGGAUGUAGGCCAGAAUGCGUGGCCAGCGCAGAAUGUCCUUUUGAUCGAGUUUGCAUGAAUCAGAAGUGCAUCGAUCCUUGUCCUGAUCCUUGUGGAAGAAACGCGGUUUGCAGAGUUAUCAAUCGUAAUCCUAUCUGUUCUUGUCAGCAAGGAUUUACCGGAGAUGCUUUCACUAUCUGUUUCCCUGUUCCACGUCCAUCACCAGAGUCUUUAACACCUAUGCAAGAUCCUUGUCUUCCAUCUCCUUGUGGUCCAUACUCGCAAUGUCGAAAUAUCGGAGGAAAUCCCUCUUGUUCUUGUUCACCAUCUUAUAUCGGUGUUCCACCAAAUUGCAGACCAGAGUGCACGAUAAAUGCAGAAUGUUUGAGUGCACUCGCUUGUAUUCGCGAGAAGUGCUCUGAUCCUUGUCCAGGAUCGUGUGGUGUUGGUGCGCAAUGCACUGUUCUUAAUCAUGUUCCAAUUUGUUCUUGUCUUGAGGGAUAUACUGGAGAUCCAUUUAGCAGCUGUAUUCCGAAACCAUUUAUAUCCGAAGAACCAGUGUUAGAUCCUUGCAAUCCCUCACCAUGUGGAGCAAACGCGCUUUGUCGCGAUGGCUCUUGCACGUGUCUUCCGGAAUUCCAAGGUGAUCCUUAUAGUGGUUGCCGACCAGAAUGUGUGAUGAAUACUGACUGUGCCCGUGACAGAGCAUGUAUAAGAAACAAAUGCAUAGAUCCAUGCAUAGGAACUUGUGGACAAAACGCACAAUGCCAGACGAUUAAUCACAUUCCCAUGUGUAGUUGUCCUACUGGCAUGUCCGGAAACGCUUUUGUUUCCUGUUCUGCAGUUCAGGAAGAUACAAUACAGAAUCCUUGUUCUCCAUCACCUUGUGGACCAAAUAGUCAUUGCCAAGAAGUAAAUGGAAUCGCAGUUUGCAAAUGUAUAGAAGGUUUUAUGGGCAAUCCGCCCACUUGUCGGCCAGAAUGUGUCGUUAGUUCAGAUUGCGAGCUUUCCAAGGCUUGUGUCAAUCAGAAAUGUAGAGAUCCUUGUCCCGGAAGUUGUGGUGUGAGAGCAGAAUGCUCCGUGGUCAAUCACAAUCCUAUUUGCAGGUGUCCUCAAGGUUUGAGCGGUGAUCCUUUCGCUGCUUGUACUGUUAUAGUUGAAACAUCUCCAGAACCGAUCAAUCCGUGUUAUCCAUCACCUUGCGGUCCAAACGCUCAAUGUCAAGUUGUGAAUCAAGCACCCUCAUGCUCGUGUUUGCCAGAAUUCACGGGAUCCCCGCCAAAUUGUAGACCAGAAUGUGUUAGCAAUAGCGAAUGUUCAAUUCGACAGGCUUGUAUUAAUCAGAAAUGCAAAGAUCCAUGUCCUGGUUUGUGCGGAGCUAACGCUGAGUGCAGCGUGUUCAGUCAUACUCCGAUUUGUUCUUGUCGUACAGGAUUCACUGGAGAUCCUUUUGUUCAAUGCAGUCCUCUUCAAAUUGCUGAAGAAAGACCUUCACCUUGUACACCAACACCAUGUGGUGCAAACGCGGUUUGCAAAGAAUCAGGAAAUGCGGGUGCUUGCUCCUGCUUGCCUGAUUACAUAGGAAACCCUUACGAGGGUUGCAGACCAGAAUGCGUCGUCAAUUCAGAUUGUACAGCGAAUCUCGCAUGCGUAAGAUCCAAGUGCCAGGAUCCUUGUCCAGGUGCUUGUGGUCCGAAUGCCAUGUGCAAUGCUGUGAACCACUUGCCAGUAUGCAUUUGUAUACAGGGAUAUACGGGAGAUCCAUUUAGAUAUUGCAAUUUGAGUCCAAAAGAAGAUGUGAUAAUGAAUCCUUGCAAUCCUUCACCUUGUGGACCAAAUAGCGAAUGUCGUGUGAACAAUAAUCAAGCAGUCUGUUCUUGUAAAUCAUUUUACCUUGGCAGUCCACCUAAUUGCAGACCAGAAUGCGUAGUUAGCACUGAGUGCUCUCUGACACGAGCCUGUGUUAAUCAGAAAUGCAUAGAUCCGUGUCCCAAUUCAUGUGGCGUGAAUGCCAAUUGUAGGAUUAUUAAUCACAGUCCUAUUUGUUUCUGCAACAAUGGAUACACUGGAGAUCCUUUCACUGCCUGUUUCCGUGCUCCUGUUCCUCCAGAAACUGCACCAACAGUGCAAAGAGAUCCGUGUUCGCCAUCACCAUGUGGACCUAAUGCAAUUUGCCAGAAUGUAGGUCAAACUCCAGCUUGCACUUGUUUGUCAAACUAUCGUGGCAGUCCACCAAACUGCAGACCAGAGUGUACGAUCAAUUCUGAGUGUCCUAGUAACCAAGCAUGUAUCCAAGAAAGAUGUAAAGAUCCCUGUCCAGGUUCAUGUGGUUUCAAUGCUCUGUGUACUGUAUUUAAUCACGUUCCUAUGUGUUCAUGUAUCGAAGGAUAUACUGGUGAUCCUUUUAAUCAAUGUAGUCAACAAGUGAAACCUCCUGAACCAGUAGAGACAGAUUUAUGUAAUCCAUCUCCCUGUGGACCUAACGCUCAAUGCGAUAAUGGAAUCUGUUCUUGUCUGUCCGAUUAUUAUGAAGAUUCGACUAUUGGUUGUCGACCAGAGUGUGUACUUAACAAUGAUUGCCCUAGAGACAAAGCUUGCAUGAGAAACAAAUGCGAGGAUCCUUGCAUUGGAACGUGUGCCAAUGAUGCAAUUUGUAAUGUAAUUAAUCAUGUACCAAUGUGCAGUUGUCCACCUGGUUUCGAAGGAAAUGCAUUUGCAUUCUGUCGUCCUGCUAUAGCCGAUGUUCCAUCUAAUCCGUGCAGUCCAUCACCUUGCGGGCCUAAUAGUCAAUGUCGAUCGAAUAAUGGUCAAGCAAUUUGUAGUUGUGUGCCAGGUUAUUUAGGAAAUCCACCAAAUUGUCGUCCAGAGUGUAUAAUUAGUUCUGAGUGUCCACCAAAUGAAAUUUGCACGAAUCAGAAGUGUAGAAAUCCUUGCAUCGGCUCGUGUGGUUUGGGAGCUCGUUGCACAGUUGCAAAUCGUAAUCCGAUUUGCCAUUGUCCUGAAGGAUUCACGGGUGAUCCAUUCGUUAGAUGUCUUCUACUUCCAUCAGUUCCACCAGAACCGAUAAACGUUUGCCAACCUUCACCUUGUGGACCCAAUUCUCAGUGUCAAAUAUCAGAAAAUUCACCUUCCUGCAUAUGUUUGCCUGAUUUUAUCGGUUCUCCACCGAAUUGCAGACCUGAGUGUAUCAGCAAUAGCGAGUGUCCGAGUUAUCAAGCUUGUAUAAACCAAAAAUGUAAAGAUCCUUGUAUUGGUUCAUGUGGAGAGAAUGCACAAUGUCGUACUGUCAGUCACACGCCUAUGUGCUAUUGUGAAACCGGUUACACUGGUGAUCCAUUCACGCAAUGCUUCAUUAAGCCCAUCGAGGAUACAUCGAUAAAAGUAAAUCCAUGCUUACCUUCUCCUUGCGGGCCUAAUGCGAGAUGCACCGAAAGAAAUGACGUAGGCUCUUGCGCGUGUCUCCCGGGUUAUAUAGGAAAUCCGUACGAGGGAUGCAGACCAGAAUGCAUCCUAGACUCCGAUUGUUCACCCACUCGUGCCUGCAUCAAUUUAAAAUGUAUCGAUCCGUGUCCAGGAACGUGUGGAACCAAUGCAGAAUGCCGCGUAAUUAAUCAUCGAGGUUCUUGCACCUGUUUCUCCGGUUAUACUGGUGAUCCCUAUCAAUAUUGUUCUAUCCAACCUAUUGUUUCUGAAGUCUCCUCAAGCGAUCCGUGUACAAAUGGCCAAUGCGGUCCUAAUAGUCAAUGCAGGGUGAUUAAUCAAGUGGCUGUUUGCUCAUGCAUGCCGAAUUAUAUUGGUACUCCUCCGGCUUGUAGACCGGAAUGUGUUACCAGCUCGGAAUGUACUAUUGACAAAGCGUGUGUAAAUCAGAAAUGCGUAAAUCCGUGCCCUACCUCUUGUGGAAAGAAUUCUGAUUGCAGAGUGAUCAAUCAUGCACCUCUGUGUAAUUGCAUGAGAGGAUACACUGGUGAUCCGUUCUCUGUCUGUUUUCCUGUUCCAUUGACACCACCUGUUCAAUUUGAUCUUGUACCGAAAGAUCCUUGCAUUCCAUCUCCUUGUGGUGCUUAUUCAGAAUGUCGAAACAUUGGUAGUAUACCAUCCUGUUCCUGUUUGGCCACAUAUAUCGGAAACCCACCGAAUUGUCGACCAGAAUGUACUAUAAAUUCAGACUGUCCUCCAAAUCAGGCUUGCAUGCAACAAAAAUGCAGGGAUCCUUGUCCUGGAUCUUGUGCUCCUUUAGCUCAAUGUUCCGUUGUCAAUCAUAUACCAACUUGUUCUUGUUUGUCUGGUUAUACUGGAGAUCCUUUCACCAAUUGUUUUGUUCAAUCAACACUACCUAUUGAAACUGAUCCAUGUGCAUCUUCACCUUGUGGAACAAAUGCACGCUGUGAUAAUGGCAUUUGCACUUGUUUGCCCGAAUAUUCUGGUGAUCCAUACGCAGGUUGCAGACCUGAAUGUAUUCUAAGCAACGAGUGUCCAAUUAACAGAGCUUGCGUUAGAAAUAAAUGUAUCGAUCCCUGUGUUGGUGUUUGUGGACAGAAUGCAUUGUGCAAUGUGUUCAAUCAUGCACCUAUGUGCAGUUGUCCUCCGGGAAUGUCAGGAAACGCUUUCGUACUCUGUUUGCCUCUUCAAGCAAUCGAAAUCAGUGAUCCUUGCAAUCCAUCACCUUGUGGUCCUAACAGUCGAUGCAGACAAAAUAAUAUGCAAGCUACAUGCUCUUGCAUAAGUGGAUACAUAGGAGCACCUCCUACUUGUAGACCAGAAUGUGUGGUUAGUUCUGAUUGCCCAUUAAAUGAAGCUUGCAUUAAUCAAAACUGUAGAAAUCCUUGUGAAGGAGGCUGUGGAUUAAAUGCACUUUGUAAUGUCGUGAAUCACAAUCCUAUAUGCUCAUGUAAGGAAAGGAUGACUGGUGAUCCUUUCCUCAGAUGUUAUCCAAUACCUGAAAGACCUCCAAUUCCGAUCAAUCCUUGUCAACCAUCUCCUUGUGGACCAAACGCGGAGUGCCAAGUGCUCAAUGAUCAACCAUCCUGCUCAUGUCUUCUAGAAUUUAUAGGAUCACCACCUAACUGUCGCCCAGAGUGUGUCAGCAAUAGCGAAUGUCCUAAUCGAUUAGCAUGCAUCAAACAAAAAUGUCAAGACCCUUGCAUAAAUUCUUGUGGAGUGAAUGCGAUUUGUAAUGUGGUUAGUCACACUCCAAUGUGCGCUUGUAUUGAUGGUUACAGUGGGGAUCCAUUUACACAAUGUGUUCCACAGCAAUUUGAUGAUGAAAGUAAUAAACCAGAUCCUUGCACUCCAUCCCCAUGUGGAUCAAAUGCAAUCUGUCGAGUUCAACAAAAUACAGCUUCCUGUUCCUGUCAAGAUGAUUAUAUUGGAAAUCCUUACGAGGGAUGUAGACCCGAAUGUACCCUAAGUUCAGACUGUCCAUCCAAUCAAGCUUGCUUUAGAUCUAAAUGUAGAGAUCCUUGUCCUGGAACUUGUGGUCCAAAUGCUCAGUGUUAUGUUAUCAAUCACGCAGCCGUUUGUAGCUGUCUUGAACGAUACACUGGUGAUCCUUUCAAUUACUGCAAUCUCAUCACAGAACAACCUAAACCUAAUCUCGCUAAUCCUUGUGAGCCAACACCUUGCGGACCUUAUAGUCAAUGUAGAGAAAUCAAUGGUCAAGCCACAUGUUCUUGUCUUCAAACUUAUAUAGGUGUACCUCCUAAUUGUAAACCAGAGUGUACAAUUAGUUCUGAUUGCUCGUUGAAUCUGGCUUGUAAAAAUAAUAAAUGUAUUGACCCAUGUCCUGAUUCUUGUGGUCAACAAAGCACUUGCAGAGUCGUAAAUCAUAGUCCUAUUUGCAGUUGCAAACCAGGCUUCACUGGUGAUCCCUUUACAUACUGUUUCUUCAAUCCACCUCCAUCCGUUAUCGAGACACCUAUAGAUCCAUGUAUCAAUUCACCUUGCGGACCCAAUUCUCUGUGUCGCAAUGUUAAUGGCUCUCCUUCAUGCUCUUGCAUGCUUAAUUAUAUCGGUGCGCCACCGAAUUGUCGUCCAGAAUGUGUCAUCAACAUGGAUUGUCCCAGAAAUCAGGCUUGUAUUCGCGAGAAAUGCCAAGAUCCUUGUCCAGGAUCCUGUGGAAUUAACAGUGUUUGUACCGUAUACAAUCAUAUUCCUGUUUGUACAUGUUUAGAAGGAUACACGGGAGACCCUUUCAAUAGUUGUCAACUCAAACCAAUAAAAGUAGAAGAACCUGUGAUAGAUCCAUGCAGCAAAUCUCCUUGUGGUCCCAAUGCUCAGUGUGAUAAUGGCAUUUGCACUUGCUUACCAGAAUAUUUCGGCAAUCCAUACAUCAAUUGUCGACCAGAAUGUGUAUUAAGUAUAGACUGUUCAAAUGACAAAGCAUGUAUAAAGAACAAAUGCGUGGAUCCUUGUCCUGGAGCUUGUGGUCAGAAUGCUCAAUGCAAUGUUAUCAAUCACAUACCCAUGUGUAGUUGUCCCUCUAAUACUGGAGGAAAUGCUUUAAUAGUAUGUUCACCUGUGCAAGUUCCUGCAAAAACAAAACCAUGUAAUCCAUCCCCAUGUGGACCAAACAGUAUAUGUAGAGAGGUGAAUGAUCAAGCUGUAUGCACUUGUGCUCCAGAGUAUCUUGGAACUCCACCUUUGUGCAGGCCAGAAUGCUUGAUUAGUUCAGAUUGUCCUCAGAAUCAGGCUUGCUUGAAUCAGAAAUGUAAAGAUCCAUGUAUUGGAACAUGUGGUAUUCAAGCAAUCUGUUUAGUAGUGAAUCAUAAUCCUGUUUGCUCUUGUCCAGAAGGAUAUACAGGAAAUCCGUUCAUCAGAUGCGAGAUCAAAAAAAUAAUAGCGCCUACGAACCCUUGUCAACCAUCACCCUGCGGCCCAUAUUCCCAAUGUCAAGUGAUCAACGACACCCCAUCUUGCAGCUGUCUGUCUGAAUAUAUAGGCGCUCCGCCAAAUUGCAAACCUGAGUGCAUAUCGAACUCCGAGUGCCCCAGCCACCAAACCUGUAUUCGACAAAAGUGCAGAGAUCCUUGUCCAAAUCUCUGUGGAGAGAGUGCAGAAUGCCACGUAACUUAUCACGUACCAAACUGUGUUUGUCCUAAUGGUUUCACCGGAGACCCUUAUACACGUUGCACGAUAAUAACUCGCGAACCAGAACCCUCACCCUGCGCUGAAGGCACUUGUGGCACAAAUGCUUUGUGCAGAGAACGAGACAGUAUCGGCAUUUGUUAUUGCCCCCCUGAAUACGUUGGCAAUCCAUAUGUAGGCUGUAGACCCGAAUGUGUGAUUAACCCUGAUUGUCCAUCCAACAAAAUGUGCGUUCGAAACAAAUGCCAAGAUCCUUGUCCUGGAGCCUGCGGCUGGAAAGCCGAGUGCUCAGUGGUUAACCAUCUGCCUUUCUGCAAUUGCCCAUCAGGAUUCACUGGCGACCCGCUUGUCGCAUGCAGUGUAGCUCUAGUGUCGCAAGAUGUGGAUAUGUGCAGCCCAUCACCUUGCGGACCGAAUAGUCAGUGCAAAGAGAUAUCCGGUCAGGCUGUGUGCUCAUGCCUACCAACUUAUGUAGGCACCCCUCCUGGAUGCAGACCAGAAUGUGUAGCUAGCUCCGAAUGUCCCACCCAGCUCGCGUGCAAGGAUUACAAAUGCAUAAAUCCGUGUCCAAGUCCUUGCGGCCUGAACACCAAAUGCGUAGUUGUGAAUCAUAGUCCCAUCUGUAGUUGCAUGCCCGGAUACAGUGGAGAUCCAUUCACUACUUGCACACCGAUUCCACCUGUCACAAUCCCUGGCCCAAUGAAGAAAGACCCCUGUGUGCCAUCCCCAUGUGGUAGUUUCGCCCAAUGUAGAAACAUUCGCGAUUCAGCAGCAUGCAGCUGCUUAGAAGGUUACACUGGUCAGCCACCGAAUUGCAGACCCGAAUGCACGAUCAAUUCCGAAUGUCAAAGCGACAUGUCUUGUGUCAACAUGAAAUGCAGAGAUCCUUGUCCCGGUUCCUGUGGUCUUGCUGCUAUUUGCACAGUGGUUAACCACAUUCCCAUAUGUAAUUGCCCCGAAGGUUUCACUGGAAAUCCAUUCACUCUCUGUCAAUUGCUACCAGCCACACCCAUUAUGUCAACACCAAUAGAAGAUGAAUGUUCUUUGUCACCCUGUGGACCUAAUACAGAAUGCUUAAAAGGUGUUUGUACGUGCCUGUCAGAAUUCCAAGGAAACCCAUAUCUAGGAUGUCGACCCGAAUGCGUGUUAAACACUGACUGCCCUCGCGAUAGAGCUUGUUUGCGGAACAAAUGUAUGAAUCCUUGUCCCGGAACCUGUGGUCUAAAUGCCAUUUGCGCGGUUAUCAAUCAUGUGCCUAUGUGCAGCUGUCCCGGAAAUAUGACUGGCAAUGCGUUUAGUCAAUGUACUCCCUUACAAGAUAUAAUACCCAUCAAUCUAUGUAGCCCAACACCCUGUGGACCCAAUAGCGAAUGCAGAAUCGUAAACAGUCAAGCAGUUUGCUCAUGCAUCAAAGGAUUCUUAGGAAGCCCACCCACCUGUAGACCCGAGUGCAUUGUGAGCACAGAUUGCCCGCAGAACGAAGCCUGUAAUAAUCAGAGAUGCACAAACCCGUGUCCAGGAACAUGUGGAAUCGGAGCCAAGUGCAACGUCGUCAACCAUAAUCCCGUAUGCAGUUGCCCAUUACGUUUCACAGGCGAUCCAUUUGUACAGUGCAUGCCUUUCUUGGAAGAACCUGCGAUAGAUCCAUGUAAGCCAUCUCCUUGUGGUCCAAAUUCUCAAUGUCAGGUGAUCAACGAUUCUCCCUCUUGUUCAUGCUUGCCAGAAUUCUCUGGCAGUCCACCCAAUUGUCGUCCAGAAUGCAUUAGUAACACUGAAUGCCCUAGUCAAUUAGCUUGUAUCAAUCAGAAAUGUAAAAAUCCUUGUAUUGGAUCUUGUGGAUCUGGUGCUGACUGCCAUGUCAUCAGUCACACUCCCAUGUGUACUUGUUUGAGCGGAUACACAGGCGAUCCGUUCUCACAGUGCAUUUUUAAAGAACCUACAAUUCCAUUGUCCAUGCCCAUUGAUCCCUGUAACCCGUCCCCUUGUGGUUCAAACGCUAUUUGUAAAGAAUUAAAUGGAGCUGGUUCGUGUACCUGUAUUUCUAAUUACAUCGGAAAUCCAUACGAGGGAUGUCGACCAGAGUGUUUGUUAAAUUCUGAUUGUCCUGCUAAUCAAGCUUGCAUGAAUAGCAAAUGUCAAGAUCCUUGUCCAGGAAUCUGUGGUCGUAACGCAGAGUGUCAUGUUAUCAAUCACUUACCAGUGUGCGAAUGUUAUCCUGGUCACACUGGUAAUGCAUUUGUCCUGUGUUCACUUAUGCUGCCAGAAGUCGAUCAAACGAUCAGUCGACCUUGUAAUCCAUCUCCCUGUGGACCUAACAGUCAAUGCAGACCAAUCAAUGGACAAUCUGUGUGUUCGUGUUUGCCUGAUUUCAUAGGAAGUCCACCAUCCUGUAAACCAGAGUGUACGAUUAGUACAGAAUGUGCGCCAAAUCUAGCUUGUAUCAAUAAAAAAUGCAGUGAUCCUUGUCCUGGAUCAUGUGGUUCGAAUACCAGAUGCGAAACUAUUAAUCACAAAGCCAUUUGUGCUUGUCAACCUAGUUUCACUGGCGAUCCACUCGUUGCUUGUUUCGAAAUGAUGAUGGAAAGACCAUCUCCCUUACCACCAAUAUAUGAGAAUCCUUGUAUACCAUCCCCUUGUGGACCAUAUUCAGAAUGUCGUAAUGUAAAUGGUCAGGCUUCUUGCGCCUGUUUAUCAGAAUAUAUGGGUACACCGCCUAAUUGUAGACCAGAAUGUAUAAGGAAUUCAGAAUGUCCUAGCAAUCAGGCUUGCAUUCAAAAGAAAUGUCGUUAUCCUUGCGAAGGAGUUUGUGGUGUAGGUGCCCAAUGUACUGUAACUGAUCACAUACCCAUUUGUACAUGUCCCAAAGGAUUAUCUGGUGAUCCUUUCGUCAAAUGUUCGCUUGCUCCAGUGAUACAGGAAAAACCUGCGGAUUUUUGUGUCAAUUGUGGUACAAAUACGCAAUGUAUCAAUGGAGUUUGUAUCUGUCUACCAGAAUAUCAGGGAGAUCCAUAUUUGGGUUGUCGUCCAGAGUGUGUUUUGAACUCAGACUGUCCCAGAGAUAAAGCUUGUAUUAAGAGCAAGUGCAAUGAUCCAUGUGCAGGCACUUGUGGCCAAAAUGCAUUAUGUUCCGUAGUAAAUCAUAUUCCAGUUUGCACUUGCCCAUCUGGAACUUCAGGAAAUGCAUUUGUAGUCUGUUCUACCAUUCAAGUGCAAACACCGAAAGAUCCAUGCAACCCAUCACCCUGUGGACCCAACAGCCAAUGCAGAAAAAUAAAUGAUCAAGCAAUUUGCUCUUGCAUCCCUGGUUAUCUAGAUACGCCACCGAAUUGUAGACCAGAAUGUAUUCUUAGUUCAGAUUGUCCGUCCAAUAUGGCUUGUAAUAAUCAAAAAUGCAUUGAUCCUUGUCCAGGAACUUGUGGAAUAAGAGCUGAAUGUGUGGUCGUGAAUCACAACCCGAUUUGUAGUUGCCCAUCUGAUUUGGUAGGCGAUCCUUUUAGAAUAUGUCUCAGAAAACCCGAAGAACCCCAAGUCUUAAACCCAUGCGUUCCAUCACCUUGCGGUCCAAACAGUCGAUGUCAAGUCAUAAAUGAAUCACCUUCAUGUUCUUGUUUGCCUGAAUUCCUCGGUUCUCCACCAAAUUGCAAGCCAGAAUGCAUUAGUAACAGCGAGUGUUCCACUCAUUUGGCUUGUAUAAAUCAAAAGUGUCGCGAUCCUUGUCCUGGUUCCUGUGGUUCCAAUUCUGAAUGCAGAGUGAUUAGUCAUACGCCUAUGUGUGUAUGCUCGUAUGGUUUCAUUGGCGAUCCUUUCAUACAGUGUGUUCCAAAACCAGUCUUUGAAGAUACCAUAGAAAAACCUACCCCAUGUGUUCCGUCACCCUGUGGCUCUAACGCAGUGUGUAAUGAGUUAAACGGUGCAGCAUCCUGCAAAUGUCUUUCUGAUUACAUUGGCAAUCCCUACGAAGGCUGUCGACCAGAAUGUAUUAUUAAUUCCGAUUGUACAGCUGAUCUGGCUUGUGUUAGAUCUAAAUGUCAAAACCCUUGUCCAGGAUUCUGUGGAUAUAAUGCUAUUUGUCAGGUUGUUAAUCAUGCACCUCUGUGCACUUGCCAGCCUGGAUAUACAGGAGAUCCAUUCGUUCAGUGCAAUGUUAUUCAAGAGUCACCAAAACCAGCUGAUCCUUGUAGUCCAUCUCCUUGCGGUUUGAACAGUCAAUGUCGCGUAUCUAACGAACAAGCUAUCUGUUCUUGUUUGCCUGCCUUCAUGGGAACUCCACCAAUGUGCAGACCAGAAUGUACAGUUAGUUCCGAUUGUGCGACGAAUCGUGCUUGUAAGAAUCGCAAAUGUAUAGAUCCUUGUCCAGGAAUUUGCGGUAUCAAUGCUAGAUGCGAGUCUAUCAAUCAUAGUCCGAUUUGCAGUUGCAAUAUGGGUUAUACUGGUGAUGCUUUUGUCAGAUGUUUCAAAGUUCCAACUGUUCAAAUUGGUAGUUCAGACGAACCAAUUAAUCCUUGCGUGCCUUCACCAUGUGGUCCAUUCUCUGUCUGUCGCAUUGUUGGAAACGCGGAUUUACCAAGUUGUACUUGUAUGGAGAAUUAUAUAGGAACUCCACCGAAUUGUCGACCAGAAUGCACCAUUGAUUCAGAAUGUGCCAGUAACAAGGCUUGUCUCAGACAAAAAUGUACAGAUCCUUGUCCAGGUUCCUGUGGUACAGGAGCUCAAUGUUUGGUAGUGAAUCAUAUGGCUGUAUGUACUUGUCCUAAAGGUUAUACAGGAGAUCCAUUUGUCAAUUGCUUCCUUCAACCUCCUCCUUCAUCACCGGUUCUUCAAGAUGCUUGUAAUCCUUCACCAUGCGGAUCAAACGCAAUGUGUCGCAAUGGUGUAUGCAGCUGCUUACCAGAAUAUCACGGUGAUCCAUAUUACGGAUGUCGUCCAGAAUGUGUUCAGAAUCCAGAUUGUCCUUUAGAUAAAGCUUGCAAUCGUAACAAAUGUUUCGACCCUUGUACCGGCAUUUGUGGUCAGAACGCCGAGUGUGUCGUAAUAAAUCACACUCCUAUGUGCAGUUGUCCCGAUGGCAUGUCAGGAAAUGCGUUUAUGGCGUGUUAUCCGGUUAAAGACCCAGUGAUAGUACAACCUUGCAACCCAUCACCCUGUGGUCCCAAUAGUAGGUGUCAAGACAUUAAUGGACAGGCAGUUUGUUUCUGUGCCCCUGGUUACAUAGGAAACCCACCAGCUUGUCGACCAGAAUGUAUAGUUAAUAGUGAUUGUUCGUUAAAUGAAGCUUGUGUGAAUUUGAAAUGUAGAGAUCCAUGUCCUGGAUCCUGUGGAGUAUCAGCUCGAUGUCAAGUGGUCAAUCAUAAUCCCAUUUGCAGUUGUCCUUCGGCAUUUAUUGGCGAUCCUUUUAUCCGUUGCUUACCUAGACCCGAAGAACCUGUGUUAUCAACUAAUCCAUGUCAAUCAUCAUCGUGCGGUCCAAACGCAAACUGUCAAGUUAUUAACAAUUCACCAUCCUGUUCGUGCAAACCAGAAUUUAUUGGUACUCCACCAAAUUGCAAACCAGAGUGUAUCAGUAAUACCGAAUGUGCUAGUCAUAUGGCGUGUAUCAAUCGCAAAUGUAGAGAUCCUUGCCCUGGUUCCUGUGGUCCUAAUGCGGAAUGUCACGUAGUAAAUCACAUUGCAUCAUGCAUAUGUAUUAAGGAUUACACUGGAGAUCCAUUCGUUCAAUGUGUUCCCAAGCAACCGGAUACAAGUAUAGCACCUAGACCUUGUGAACCUUCUCCAUGCGGAGCUAAUGCAAUUUGCCGAGAGCAAAAUGAUCUUAGCUCUUGCACUUGUUUACCCGAAUACAUCGGUAAUCCUUACGAAGGAUGCCGACCAGAAUGCAUUCGUUCCUCAGAUUGUCCCUCCCAUUUGGCAUGCAUUAGAUCUAAAUGUCAGAAUCCUUGUCCCGGUUCUUGCGGAACUAACACCAAUUGUCAAGUGGUGAAUAAUUUACCUGUAUGCACUUGCAUUCCGCAAUAUACUGGUGAUCCAUACGUAAACUGUGUAUACAAGAUUUCACCAACCGAAGAAGAAGAACGAGAUGUUUGUCAACCAUCUCCUUGCGGUCCGAAUAGUCAAUGUCAAAAUGUAAAUAGUCAAGCAGUAUGUUCCUGCUUACCUCAAUAUAUAGGAACUCCACCAAAUUGUAGACCAGAAUGUGUCGUGAAUUCGGAAUGUAAUUCGAAUCUCGCGUGUAUCAAUCAAAAAUGCAAAGAUCCUUGUCCUGGCACAUGUGGGACGAAUGCACAAUGCAAAGUAAUUCAUCAUAGUCCCAUUUGUAGUUGUGGAAAUGAUUUUACAGGAGAUCCUUUUGUUCACUGCUUCCCUGCUCCAUUGCCAAAGCCGGAAGAACCAUAUCCGAAAGAUCCAUGUGUUCCAUCACCUUGUGGUCCAAACGCGAUGUGCAAAGCCAUAGGAGAAACUCCAGUCUGUACUUGCAUGAACAAUUAUAUCGGAGUUCCACCGAAUUGCCGACCAGAAUGCUCUAUUAAUUCGGAUUGCAUAGCAGAUAAGGCAUGCAUUCAGGAGAAAUGUAGAGAUCCUUGUCCAGGAUCUUGUGGCUUGAAUGCACGUUGCACAGUUAUAAACCAUACACCAGCUUGUACUUGUCCUGAAGGAUAUUCCGGUGAUCCAUUCAUCAAUUGUUCGCCAACUACAUUUAAACCUCCAUCAAAUCCAUGUAAGCCAUCACCAUGUGGACCAAAUGCACAGUGCAAUAAUGGUGUUUGUACUUGCAUACCUGGCUAUCUAGGUGACCCAUACACUAUAUGUCGACCUGAAUGUGUAAUCAACACAGAUUGUUCCCGAAACGAAGCUUGCAUAUUGCACAAAUGCAGAAAUCCUUGUGUAGGAACUUGUGGAAUAAAUGCAGAGUGUAACGUAGUCAAUCAUCUACCGAUGUGCAACUGUCCUAGGAAUAUGACGGGCAAUGCAUUCGUUUCGUGUAUCCCUCUUCGAGAACCUACUAUAAUUGAUCCAUGCAAUCCAUCUCCUUGCGGUCCGAACAGUCAUUGUCGAUCUUCCAAUGGCCAAGCUGUUUGUAGUUGUGUUACUGGAUUUAAGGGAUCACCACCAUCUUGUAGACCAGAGUGUAUCGUUAGUACUGAUUGUCCGCGUAAUAGAGCUUGCAGUAAUCAGAAAUGCAUCGAUCCUUGUCUUGGUACUUGUGGAUUAUCUGCCCAGUGUUCUGUGAUCAAUCAUAAUCCCGUAUGCAGCUGUUUCGAGCAAUAUACUGGAAAUCCAUUCGUACAAUGUAUCCCGCAAACAAAACAACCGGAUAUUCCAGUGAAUCCUUGUCAGCCAUCACCUUGCGGUCCCAAUGCUCGAUGUCAGAUGAUCAAUAAUGCACCUUCGUGUUCUUGUCUCCCUGAAUUUAUAGGAACUCCGCCAAACUGCAGACCUGAAUGCGUGAGCAAUUCAGAAUGCCCAACGCAACAGGCUUGCAUUAAUCAAAAAUGCAAAGAUCCUUGUCCUGGAUCCUGUGGUAGGAACACCGAAUGCAGAACUAUUAGUCACACUCCUAUGUGUACUUGUGCUAAUAACUUCACCGGAAAUCCGUUUAUUCAAUGUACACCUCAACCAAUCGAAGAUAUACAAAGAGUCAACCCGUGUCAACCAUCUCCUUGUGGUCCAAAUGCUAUUUGUCGCGAAUCUUAUGGUUCACCUCAAUGCACUUGUUUGCCCGAUUUCUAUGGAAAUCCGUAUGAAAAUUGUAGACCGGAAUGUGUUAUUAAUACCGAUUGUCCAUCCAACCGUGCUUGUAUAAGAAACAAAUGUCAAGAUCCUUGUCCAGGAACUUGUAGUUUUAAUGCCGAUUGCAAUAUAAUCAAUCAUAUUCCAAUAUGCAGUUGUAAACUGGGUUACACUGGUGAUCCAUUUAGAUAUUGCAGUAUACUCGAACAACUUCCCAUACUAAGUCCCACAAAUCCAUGCGACCCAUCACCGUGCGGACCUAACAGUCGAUGUCGCAAUAUGAACGGUCAGUCCAGUUGCUCUUGCCUUCCCAAUUUCAAGGGAACUCCUCCAUUAUGUAGACCAGAAUGCGUAGUUAGCACGGAAUGUGCUAGCAAUAAAGCUUGCAUAAACCAAAAAUGUAUAGAUCCAUGUUCCGGAGUUUGUGGAAUAAAUGCGAAAUGCGAAGUCUUCCAUCAUAGUCCUAUUUGUAGCUGUGAUAUUUCUCAAACCGGAGAUCCAUUUGUAAGAUGCUUUGACAUGACCACACCCGUACCACUUUUACCCAUAAACCCUUGCGUUCCAUCACCUUGCGGUCCAUUUUCGCAAUGUCAAGAUAUAGGAGGCAUAUCAUCCUGUUCUUGUUUGCCCAAUUAUGUUGGUUCAGCUCCCAAUUGUCGACCAGAAUGUUCCAUUAACUCGGAUUGUACCAGUAAUAAGGCUUGUGUAAGAGAAAAAUGUAAAGAUCCAUGUCCAGGAUCUUGUGCAACGAAUGCACUAUGCAGCGUCAUUAAUCACACACCUGUUUGCACUUGUCCCAAAGAUUACACAGGAGAUCCUUUCACUAAUUGCCAACCAAUUUUAACAUCCACACCUAUCGUCCCAGUUCAAACAGAUCCAUGCCAUCCAUCACCUUGCGGUCCAAACGCCAUCUGUCGAAAUGCUAUGUGCAGUUGUAUAAACGAGUAUCAUGGCGACCCUUACCAAGGUUGUCGACCAGAAUGCGUGCAGAAUUCGGACUGUACUUAUGAUAAAGCUUGUUCCAACAAUAAAUGCGUGAAUCCUUGUACCAAAGUCUGCGGUCAAAACGCAGAAUGCACUGUGAUCAAUCAUAUCCCUACUUGCAAUUGCUUGAAAAAUUAUGAAGGAGAUCCAUUUAACCUCUGCAAACCUGUCCGAAAACGUACGAAACCUUGCGAACCCUCACCCUGUGGACCUAACAGCAUUUGUCGCGAGUUUAGUGAGCAAGCUUCUUGUACCUGCCUACCUGGAUAUUUCGGAAUUCCACCCAGCUGUAGACCUGAAUGUUUGGUGAACUCUGACUGUGAACAAAAUAAAGCUUGCGUGAAUCAGAGAUGCCAAAAUCCGUGCGACAAUACUUGCGGACAAAGUGCGUUAUGUAUCGUACGAAACCACAAUCCUAUUUGCAGUUGUCCUGUUCAGUAUUCCGGUGACCCGUUUGUCAGCUGUUUCCCUAUGACACCACAAUACGAAGAGGCUAGUCAGAAUCCGUGCAAACCCUCGAUAUGUGGACCGAAUUCUCAAUGCACAGUAACACAAGACAAUAAAGCUUCUUGCGCCUGUAUGCCCGAGUUUAUAGGCUCACCUCCCAAUUGUAGACCUGAAUGUCUCGUGAACAGCGAAUGUCCUAGCAACCAGGCGUGCGUUAAACAGAAGUGUACCGAUCCUUGUACCGGACUCUGCGGCUUUAAUGCCCUGUGUCAAGUUACCCAGCAUUACAUCCACUGUAUGUGUUCCGAGGGAUACACCGGGGAUCCGUUUGCUAUUUGUACCGUGAUCAAGACUCCAGAAGAACCACCUACAUCGCUGAAACCCUGCAGUCCUUCACCGUGUGGAAUCAACGCUUAUUGCAGGGAAAGACAAAAUACGGCGUAUUGUGAAUGUUUGCCAAAUUUCCGCGGAAAUCCUUAUGAAGGCUGUCAACCUGAGUGUUUGACCAACACUGACUGUCUGAAAUCGCAAGCUUGCGUCAAGACUAAGUGUCAGGAUCCUUGUCCUGGUACUUGUGGCGUUGGUGCGAUCUGUACAGUCUCUAAUCACAUUCCUAUUUGCUCUUGUCCUCUGCCUACUAUCGGCGAUGCGUUUACGAUCUGUCAAGCCAUUCCUGAAGGUCCAAAAGAAAGAGAUCCUUGUUCUCCAUCACCAUGCGGUCCCAAUACUAUUUGCGAAAAAAUCGGCGAUACAGCAGUCUGCAAAUGUUUACCUGGUCUCCAAGGAAUUCCUUCUAGUAUAACAGGUUGUCAUCCAGAAUGUGUGAUUAGUUCAGAUUGUCCAGGAGAUAAAGCUUGCAUCGGUAACAAAUGCGUGAAUCCUUGCACACAAAAUGUGUGCGGUAUCAAGGCCACAUGUAAAGCCAUCAACCACAGUCCUCUGUGUAGUUGUUCACCUCCUUUAAUUGGCAAUCCAUUCGACGAAUGUAUUAUCCAAAUUGAAACUAAUCCUUGUAGUCCAUCUCCAUGUACUUAUAAUGGGGAAUGUAAAGUUCGAAAUGGCAUCGCGAUAUGCAUAUAUCCAGAAUGUGUUAUUAAUUCCGAUUGUCCACGAGAUAAGGCUUGUUUCGGCCAGAAAUGUAAAGAUCCUUGCAUUGGUGCUUGUGGUAUCAAUUCAUUGUGUCAAACAGUGAAUCACAAGCCUGUUUGCUCAUGUCCAAUUGGAUUCACUGGAAAUGCUCGUAUACAGUGUACCAUUCCAACGAUCGAAGAACCAGUUCCAGAAUGUAUUCAUAAUUCCGAAUGCCCGAACGAUAAGACUUGCUACAACCAGAAAUGCAUUGAUCCUUGCACACUCGAUUCUUGCGGUUUCAACAGCCGUUGCCACGUACAAUUACAUCGAGCUGUGUGCGUAUGCAACGAAGGGUUCACCGGCAAUCCUCAGCAAUAUUGUGGUGAAAUUGGUUGUCGUGGUGAUAGUGAUUGUCCAUUAACACAAUCCUGUGUUAACAACGAAUGUAUAGACACUUGUUCUGUGACCCAGUGCGGAAUUAAUGCAUUUUGCGAAUCAGAUGGAUAUCAUAGACCAAGAUGUUACUGUCCUGAUGGAUAUUUAGGAAAUCCAUAUCAAGCAUGCGAAAGAUCAGAAUGCGUAACCGAUAAUGAUUGUCCAUCUUCUUUAUCAUGUCGCGAUUCAAAAUGUAUAAAUCCUUGUGAUUGUCCACUAUCUGCACAAUGUCAUGUGAUUAAUCAUCGACCAAUCUGUCGUUGUCCUCCUGGUUAUGUAGGCAAUCCUUACACCUCGUGUCUGAUCGAACCGAUUGAACAACAGCCUCAAUGUCAAGUUGAUGGAGACUGUCCAAGUAAAUUGGGCUGUUUCAGUGGUGUUUGCAAAGAUCCAUGUGUUGAAAGUAAACCUUGCAUUGCUGGAGCAAAGUGUUCUGUUGUGAAUACUUUGCCAAUGAGGACUAUGAUUUGCGAAUGUUUACCAAACUUUGCUGGCGAUGCAACUGUCGCUUGUAUUCCUGUGGAUAAACAAAUCGAAGCUAUCUGUAAAGCUAACUCUCAAUGUGCUUCAAAUAUGUCAUGUCUGAAUGAAAGAUGUAUCAAUCCAUGCAUUAUCAAUCCAUGUGCUUCGAAUGCGGAAUGUUUAGUCCAAAAUCAUUAUCGUCAAUGUCAUUGUUCGCGUGGCCAUGCUGGUGAUCCAUUUGUAAAUUGUUACAGAGAUACUGAUUCAUUUCCAGAAUGCACAUCAAAUCUUGAUUGCGCACCUAAUGAGGCCUGUAUUAAUGAAUUAUGUCAAAAUCCAUGUGUCAGCACGCAAUGUGGUCUGAACGCGGAAUGUCUCACUGUUAAUCAUCAUCCAACUUGUCAUUGUAAGCAAAACUUCGCGGGAGAUCCACAAAUACAAUGUUUCAGACCCGAAUGCAAAUCAGAUAGCGAUUGUCCUUACGAUAAAACCUGUCAAAACAAUAAUUGCAUCACACCUUGCUUGAUUGGAGACAUUGCCUGUGGUCGUGGCGCAGAAUGUAUCGCUGUUUCCCACAGGGCGCAAUGCGUAUGUCCACGAGGCACUCAAGGUGAUCCACGAAUUGCGUGCAUCUCCACAAUAUGUCAUUACAACGAAGAUUGUGCAGAUCAUGAAGCUUGUGAUAGGUUGAAUAGAGUAUGUCGACCUGUUUGUGAGGAUGACAUUUGUGCAGAAACUGCAAAAUGUAUUGCGAAAAAUCAUCAACCUAAAUGUAUCUGCCCUCUUGGUACCACUGGAAAUCCAUAUAUUGACUGUACUGGUGUUUCCAUCGAACCAGAAUGCAAAUCAGAUAGCGAAUGUCCAUCAUAUUUCGCGUGUAUCAACACCAAAUGCCAAGAUCCUUGUCUAUCCUCCAAUAUGUGUUCUGCAGAUCAAGAAUGCAAGGUAUUAAACACAGUUCCUCUUCGUACAAUGAUAUGCAGUUGCCCACCAAACACCAUCACUGAUAUAAAUGGAUCAUGCAAAAAGAUUGUACAAGAGGAUGUGCAAUGUCAUCAAGAUCAAGAUUGCAUUGAUUCUGAAAAAUGCAUGGAAGGAACUUGCAUUGAAGCUUGUCUUACGACCGAAUGUGGAUUGAAUGCACAAUGCAAAGCGAUAUCGCACACCGGAAUCUGUUACUGUGCACCCGAAUUCACUGGCAAUGCUUAUAUCGAGUGCAUCAGAGUACCAAUAAUAUUAUCACCACGUCCAGAAUGUUAUUCUAACAAUGAUUGUUCCAAUGACAAACAGUGUAUAAAUUCUUUCUGCGUGAAUCCUUGCAUUGUUGGAAAUCCAUGUGGUAGAAAUGCAUUGUGUUAUGCAAAUAAUCAUAGUCCAGUUUGCAGAUGUCCUGCUAAUUAUAUUGGUGAUUCAAAGAUCAAUUGUGAACCGCCGGAAAUAGUAGCUGAGUGUACCUCGAAUAAUGAUUGUGCAGGCAACACUGCCUGUGUGAACAAUUUAUGCAUUAAUCCUUGCAACUGUGGUGCAAAUGCCAAAUGCAAUGUCGUAGAUCAUUAUCCAUCUUGUAUCUGUUCACCUGGAUAUUCUGGAAAUCCUCAAUUGGGUUGUUUUAAACUGGAUUGCGAAUCAGAUAGCGAGUGCAACAACGCAGCUACAUGUUAUAAUGGGCAAUGUGUAAAUCCUUGCAUUUUAGAGAAUAAGUGUGCAAUAAAUGCAGAAUGUUAUGGUCAAAAUCAUCGUGCCAUUUGUCGUUGCGGUCCAGGCUAUUUGGGCAAUCCAGAAAUACAUUGCGAAAGAGUGGAAUGCACAUCUGACUAUGAUUGUCCUCGAAAUCUAGCUUGUUACAGUGGACGUUGUGUCAGUCCUUGUAUAGAAGAUUCACCAUGUGCUCAAAAUGCUAUUUGCUAUGUCCAAGAUCACGUAGCCACUUGUCGCUGCCCAGAGAAUAUUCCUGCAGGAAAUCCAUAUUCCUAUUGUACACAUCCGAAAAAGAAACCUGAUGAACCAGAAUGCAGAAUCGAUAUUGAAUGUGCUGACAAAUUGGUGUGCAUUAAGAAUAAAUGUAUCGAUCCGUGCCCGGUGAUCAAACCAUGCUUACAGAAUGCUCGGUGCAAUGUUUUGGAUACUGUUCCAGUAAGGACCAUGACAUGCACAUGUCCUGAAGGCUGGACCACUGAUAUCGAUGGCGUUUGCAGACCAAUUCAAAUAACAAUAAUUGGCACUUGUACAACAAAUGAUGAAUGCAGUGACGGAGAAGCCUGCAUUAAUAGACAAUGCAGAAACCCAUGCAAUUGCGGUACAAACGCCGCUUGUUACGUGCGAAACCAUAAACCGAUCUGUUCCUGUGAAGAAGGAUACCAGGGUAAUCCAGAUAUCGCCUGUUAUUCUGUAGAAUGUACACGCGACAGUGAGUGUACUUUGGAUAAGAGUUGUGUGAACAACAAUUGCGUGAAUCCUUGUCUGAUCUCCGAUAAUUGUGGAGUAAACGCCGAAUGUUAUCCUAAUAACCAUAAAGCAGACUGUAGAUGUCGUCAAGGAUACCAUGGAAACUCUCUAGAUCGUUGCAGAGUGAUCGGUUGUUAUAGUAAUGGAGACUGUCCUGGAGAUCAUUCUUGCAUCAAUAUGCAGUGUAUCAAUCCUUGCGUUCACAGUAAUCCUUGCUCGUCUCUAGCUGAGUGUAGAGUCUUUAACCAUCUACCCAUUUGUCGUUGCCCAAUUUAUUACAUUGGCAAUCCUUACAUUGCUUGCAAACCAGAAGAACGACCAGAAUGUAAAGAGGAUAGUGACUGUCCUAAUUUGUUAGCCUGCUUUGAUAAUAAAUGUCAGAAUCCAUGUUCCGUGGUGCAACCUUGUAGCGAACCAUCGGAGUGUAGAGUACUUCCAACAUCUCCGGUUCGCACGAUGGUUUGCGUAUGUCCCAGUGGAUACGUGAGUAACGGCAGUGGAACUUGUCGACCUACCAAACCAAUUUUGAAGAUCGAAUGUGCAAGGGAUAGCGAUUGUCCUUCGGAUAAAUCUUGCGUGAACGCGAUAUGCAAGAAUCCUUGUGCUUGCGGUCCUAAUGCGGAUUGCAACGUUGUUAAUCACAAACCAAUAUGUUCCUGCGUACUAGGAUAUGAUGGAAAUCCUGAUGUAGUGUGUACCAAAGUUGCUGGAUGUCGCACGGAUAGCGAAUGUAGCGGAUCGCACGCGUGUCUGCAACAUAAUUGUGUUCCCGUUUGCUCACCGUCAUUGACCACUUGCGGAAAAAAUGCCGAGUGUCAUGGUAUCAAUCACAAAGCCAUCUGCGAAUGUCUACCAGGAUUCGGUGGCAAUCCGAGAGUUUCUUGCGUCCUUCUCGGUUGUAAGAGUAAUUCUGAUUGUCCUACCAACAAAGCUUGCAUCAACAACCGCUGUGAGAAUCCUUGCGCAAAAAAUCCUUGUACCGGAAUUAUGGAUUGUAACGUUUAUAAUCAUAUAAUCGAAUGUGCUUGUCCUCCUGGCUAUAUUGGAGAUACCAAAGCAGGAUGUGUCAAAUUGACAGAAAAAUGCAAAGCAGAUAAUGAAUGUCCAUCCCAAACUGCUUGUUUCAAUGGUGAAUGUAUCAAUCCGUGCGUGAAGAUUGAACCUUGUGGAAUAAAUGCGGAUUGUAAGGUACUCGAUACGUCUCCUGUGAGAACCAUGAUAUGUGAAUGCAUUCCUGGAUAUAGAGGAAAUGCGGUCGUCCGCUGUGACAAAACGAAUGUAUGUGCAGUAGAAAAAAGUGAGAUUCUAGAUGAAUAUGGCAAUUGCGUCUGUCCACCUGGUUCAGCUAAGAAUGAGAAAGAAAUGUGUAUACCAUGUCGUAAACAAUCUGGAAUGAUAAUCAAUGAAGAAGGAUAUUGUGUGUGUGCUCUAGAGAACGGCAUGAUCAUCGACGAGUAUGGCCGUUGCGUAUGUCCAACUCAUCAUGGAUAUAGACUAGAUGCAAAUGGAUAUUGCAAACCUGCCGACAUAAUCGAGUGCAAACACGAUGAUGAUUGCGCCGAUAACAGAUUCUGCGAUAAAACCAGUCAGACUUGCGAAGAUCCUUGUUCAAUUCAAUUAUGUGGUCUUUAUGCACUUUGCAAUGCUACUCGUCAUCAAGCUAUUUGCAUAUGCAUCAAUGGCUACAUUGGAAAUGCUUACACUCAAUGCUACGAUAAGAAUCGAUGGCGCACUGAUUUCCCCAGACCAGAAAUGGUUGUCAGUUGUUUAUCUGAUGGAGUGCAAGUCGAGAUUCAUCUCCAUGAUCAAGAAUUUGAUGGUGUUCUAUACGUCAAAGGUCACAGUAAGGAUGAACAAUGCAGAAGAGUUGUCUCCAUUCCAGCAGAAACUAUGCACAAAACUGAAAUAUUUAAAGUAGCGUUCGGAAAUUGCGGACUUAUUCACGUAAAUGGACAAGCCAGUUUCGUAUUAGUCAUACAAAAGCAUCCAAAAUUAAUGACAUAUAAAACUCAAGCUUAUCAUAUCAAAUGCAUAUAUCAAACCGGAGAACAAAAUGUCACUCUCGGCUUUAAUGUUUCAAUGUUAACUACUGCUGGUACAAUUGCUAAUACUGGUCCCCCACCAGUUUGUUUAAUGAAGAUUGUCACUCAAAAUGGAAAUGAAAUAAGUUCAGCCGAAAUUGGAGACAAUUUGAUGUUGCAAGUCGAAGUCCAACCUUCCACUAUUUACGGUGGAUUUGCCCGAAAUUGUGUAGCUAAAACGAUGGAAGAUAAAUUGGAGAACGAAUAUAUUGUAACAGAUGAGAAUGGCUGUGCAACAGAUCCAACAAUAUUCAAAGAAUGGGAGCAGAAUCCUGAGACACAGACAUUAAUGGCCAGCUUUAAUGCUUUUAAAUUCCCAAGCAGUGAUAACAUUCGGUUCCAGUGCAAUAUCCGUGUAUGCUUUGGACGUUGUCAACCCGUCAAUUGUCGAGGAUACAACGCGUUUGGUCGUCGUCGUCGAGAUGUGAAUUCUGAGAUAAAUGAUACAUCCUUAAGUAUUACAGAUAAUUACGAAGGACAACUUCGAGAAGAAAUAACAAUCCAGUCGAAUUUGAUAUUCACUCUGGAGAAGCAAGAGAGGUUGACAGCAGAUCCAGCUGAAAUUCCUGCAGCUCAAAGAGUGGAAGACAUUUGCGUUUCUAUGGUUGGCUUUGUGAUAGCAUUAGUAAUUACAGCACUCUUGGCACUAGUCGCUGUAGCUAUUGCUGUUUCAUGCUGGCUAAUGGCGUAUCGUCGCCAGCCAAAGACUGCUGGACCACUGCCACACCCACCAGAGUUCCCAAAUCCAUUGUUCACUACCGAAUCUGUAGCUGAACCGUCUCCUGAUUAUCACCUAUCUUAAGUGUUUUAGGAUAAUUAUUAUUUUUUAACGUAAUUCUUAAUGAAAUGCAAUACAGACCACAAUUUUGUUUUUCUUACUGGUCGGUCUUGUAUUUCUAUCAACGACUCUUCCAGUGACUAAAUUUCCGUUUCUUUCUUCUGGAGGGUUCACAUACAACAUGUUGUACGUUCAUUGUUAUAUAUGAGUACCUCGAAUUAAGAUAUAUAUAUAUAUAUAUAUAUACAUAUAGAUAGAUAAAUAAAUAAAGAUUGCGAGAGAGAGAGAGAGAGAGAGAGAGAGAGAGAGAGAGAGAGAGAGAGAGAGAGAGAAACAUUUGCUAUUUAUGGUGAUGGUUUGCUUCCAUUAUCUACAACACAAUAGAACUUCCAAUUCUUCCAAUAUACUACUUUUUUCCUACACUUUUUCUUUCCAUUUUCUCUUUCUUCAGUCAUUGGAAGAUUUGUUAAGCGUAAUACAACGAAUUUAAUUCCCGUGUAAAGUCAAACGAAUUAGUCUAAUAUAGCUUUCUUAUGUCGUGCGUAGGUAACUGUACAUUUUCUCUAAUAAAAUGCUAAUGUAAUAUUUUUAAAAUGGUUUAUUAUACUAUACCUUAAUAUUUAUUUGUUCAAAAAAAAAAAAA